GUCCGUCCGCGGUCUUCCGACUGGACGAAGAGAUCGUUUUUCGUUUAAUAAUUGUACAGCGAAUAACGAUCGACCAAAAAGAUCUGACGGUAAAUUAAUUAAACAACAAUAUAAAGUAAAGAGAAAACAAAGACACGCGUGAUAAACGCGUGAAAAAGAAAAGAGGCUGCGCCGAACAGCCAUGGGAACGGCAAAGAUGAAACAUCUUUUGCCGUUGGUCGUAUGGAUAAUAUUUACCUCAUACUCAGCGGAAUCGCUGAACAGAGGGAGAACAGGAGCUAGGAGAGAAGUAUUCUUUUUAAAUUUAGAAGACGGUUAUUUCGGCUGUCAAGUAAACGAAUCUACAGAUGUUUUGCAACUAUUAGAGUUGUCAAAAUUAUGCGAUAGUCACGCGGACUGUUAUCAGGGCACCGAUGAGCAGCGUCUUAAGCUCAAGUGUACCGAUGACUGCACGAAAGAAGAUGGAACAAAAUGUCAGAAUGGAGUUUGUCUCGACUCCGUGUGCCAUUGCAACGACGGAUUUGGUGGUUGCAACUGUCAAGUUCCAGAUGAAAACGAGUGCAAAUAUCGUCCGUGCGAUAUAUUUGCUCAUUGUACGAAUACUCUUGGUAGUUUUCAAUGCUCCUGUUUCCCUGGAUACCAAGGUGACGGAUUUUCGUGUCACGACAUCGACGAAUGCCAGGAUCCGGUCAUCGCGGCGAGGUGUGUCGAAAACGCGGAGUGUUGCAAUUUACCGGCAAACUUUUUAUGUAAAUGCAAACCAGGAUACACCGGCGACGGUGAAGUACAUUGCGAAGAUUUGGACGAAUGCGCGAUUCCCGGUGCUUGCGCCGAAGACGCUAUUUGCCAAAAUAUUCCUGGAAAUUAUAGUUGUUCCUGUAAAGAAGGUUACGCCGGUGAUCCCUACGAUUCUUGCAUCGAUGUAAACGAAUGUGAAAAUGGAAGAGCGUGCGGCCGAGGUGCGUCGUGUAUAAAUUUACCCGGUAGUUACAGAUGCGAAUGUGCUGUAGGUUUCGAAGGUAAUCCCGAGGACGGUUGUAUCGAUGUUGACGAAUGCGCCAGAUCGAAUCCAUGCGGUAGAUCCGCACUGUGUACAAAUAUGGACGGAAGUUUUCGUUGCUCUUGUCCACAAGGGAUGGAAGGAGAUCCGUUGACUGGCUGUCACGAUGUAAACGAAUGCGAUGAAAUCGGGAUGUGCGGAGAAAACUCCGUGUGCGUAAACACCGAGGGUAGUUACAAGUGCCAAUGUGUCGCUGGAUACCAGGAAGAUUCGGUCAACGGAUGUAUCGACACCAACGAAUGCGCCCAAAUUAAUGCUUGCGCUACUAAUGCCAAGUGUAUCAAUGUACCCGGAUCGUUCAAGUGCAUUUGCCCUCAAGGGUUUAUCGGUCAAGGUCUCACGUUGUGUGAAAAUGUUAACGAAUGUGAGAACAAUCCGUGCGGAGAAAAUACCGAAUGUACUGACACGGUCGGGAGCUUUGCCUGCAGUUGCAAACCAGAUUACACGGGCGAUCCUUUUAAGGGAUGCACUGAUAUCGACGAAUGCACAGCUUACGAAAAACCGUGCGGUACAAACGCAAUUUGCAAAAAUUCUGAUCCAGGAUACAACUGCAUAUGUCCACAAGGUUACAGCGGUAAUCCUAGUCCAGCUAUUGCUUGCGAACAAACCGAUGUCACGACUCUUUGCAAAUCAAAUUUCGACUGCGUAAACAAUGCCGAAUGUAUCGAGGAUCAAUGCCAUUGCAAGGACGGAUUUAAGGCAGUCGGUGCUCAAUGCGAAGACGUAGACGAAUGUCUAGCGUAUCCUUGCGGAACCGCUUCGGUUUGUACGAACGUAAAAGGCAGCUAUCACUGCGAUUGCGAAACUGGAUUCGUCGGCAAUCCACCGCACAUUCCCUGCAAAGCACCUUGCGACGAGGUCACUUGCGGAGAUCAUGCGUUUUGUAAACCAGACGGCCACGAAGCUUAUUGCAUUUGCGAAGACGGUUGGACCUUCAAUCCAAACGAUAUAGCUGCCGGAUGCGUCGACAUAAAUGAAUGCGAUACCCUGAAUGGUCCCUCGGGACGUUGCGGAAAGAAUGCAAUUUGCACGAACACUCCUGGAGGAUUCAAUUGUCAAUGUGAACCAGGAUAUUCCGGAAAUGCAUUUAAACAGUGUAUAGAUGUGGACGAAUGUUUACGUCCCGGUGCUUGCGGCCACGGUGCUACCUGUACAAAUACCGAUGGUGCAUACAACUGUUCGUGUCCAGAAGAAACGAUACCGGACCCGGAUCCUUACAUCAAAUGUGUCGGAGUUGUUACAUGUAAUACGGAUGGCGAUUGUCCAGGCAAUGCGAUUUGCGAUCCCCAAAAACGAUGCUUGUGUCCUGAACCGAAUCUUGGAAACGACUGUAGACACCCAUGCGAAGAUUUGUUCUGCGGGCCGAACGCCCAGUGUAUGUUGCUCAACGACGCUGCGACAUGCAUAUGCGGGAGUGGUUACACAGGAAAACCAGGUGUAAAGGGAGGUUGCAGCGACAUUAAUGAAUGUGCAGUGAAUCCAUGCCCUCCCGGUGCUAUUUGUAACAACGAGCCAGGCUCGUUUUCGUGCCAAUGUCCCAGCGGUACGACUGGAGAUCCUUACAGCGGUGGAUGUCAGGAGUCGGAAUUGCCUCAUGUCUGCGGACCGAACACUCCAUGUCCAUCGGGCGAGCAAUGCAUCAAGGAUGAAUUCAUCGGUAGCAGCGUGUGCAUUUGUCAGCGCGGUUACACUCGCGAUACGGACAGUGGAAAAUGCAGAGAUAUCAACGAGUGUAUGGAACCCAGAGAUAAAAGUGCGUGCGGAGUUAACGCUAUUUGUAAAAAUUUGCCCGGAAGUUACGAAUGUCAAUGUCCCCCUGGAUUCAACGGGAAUCCAUUCUCUCUUUGCGAAGAAUGCAACAGUAUCGAAUGCCAAUGUCAACCACCUUACAAGAUCGUCAAUGGCAAGUGCAUGUUGGCCGGAUGUUCGAAGGGUGAGAGCUGUCCUAGUGGCGCGGAAUGUAUAACAAUCUCGGGCGGUGUUAGCUACUGCGCUUGUCCGAAGGGCUACAGAACAAGACCAGACGGAUCUUGCGAAGAUAUAAACGAGUGCACCGAAGGACAACAAAUGUGCGGCUACGGUGCCGAAUGCAUCAAUCUGCCAGGUUCAUAUCAAUGCGUUUGCCCCUAUGAUUACGGCGGCGAUCCUUACAAUGGAUUAUGUUCCCCGGCCCAGCGAAGAUGCACGAAUGAUAACGAGUGCAAGGCUAAUGAGAAAUGUGUACAACCGGGAGAAUGCGUUUGUCCACCUCCUUUCUACACUGAUAUCCAGGACGGAAACCUCUGCAAAAAUCCAUGCAAACGUUUCCCAUGUGGAAUUAACGCGAAAUGCACACCGAGUGACCCGCCAAAGUGCAUGUGCGAGGCCGGAUACGAAGGCGAUCCUCAGCACGGUUGUGCAGAUAUAAACGAAUGCGCUGAAAACCCGUGUGGACAAGGCGCUUAUUGUCUCAAUACCAACGGAGCUUAUAUUUGCGAAUGCCCAAAGGGUACCGCCGGUGAUCCAUACGGAGCCGGUUGUUCAGGUGUCGCCAUAUCCAAACAACAGUGCUCUUCCAACGACGAUUGUGAAAAUUAUUACGCCUGCGUUCAUGGCAGCUGCGUUAAUCCCUGCGAUACUUUACCCUGUGGUCCGAACGCGUAUUGCGAACCGGACAAACAUGCCGCGUGGUGUCGAUGUGUUGUAGGAUUUACCGAAGGGAAAAAUAACGAAUGUGUUUCUCAAUGCGACGGAUUUGUUUGCGGAUCUGGAGCACAGUGCAUCGUCAGUUACGACGGUCCCACUUGUAAAUGUAUCGAAGGGUUCAUCGGAAAUCCUUUCCCAGGUGGACAAUGUACCCCCGAUGUAUGCUCCCCAGAAAUUUCUUGUGCAGAACCGAGUAUCUGUAUAAGCGGACGAUGCAAACGUCGUUGCGAAGGUAUCGUCUGCGGUGUCGGUGCAAGUUGCGAUCCAUCCUCAAAUAAAUGUGUCUGUAAUCCAUACUUCGUGGGAAAUCCAGAUCUCCUGUGCAUGCCACCCGUUCAACCGCCAACCUGUGAUCCAACUUGUGGCGAUAACGCCCAUUGCGAAUAUGGCUCGACAGCCUCCAGUUGCGUAUGUAAUCCAGGAACAAGUGGAAAUCCCUACCACGGCUGUGGCGUCCAAGAAAAAUCUGAUUGUUCCACCGAAUCUUGCGGUAAGGAUGCUCAUUGCAGCGCUGGACCGAACGCAGUCGAAUGUUUGUGUCCUCCCGGAUACGCGGGCAACCCUUAUAUCCAAUGUCACGAUAUAAAUGAAUGCAAUGGAAAUGCUUGCGGAAGCGACGCGGUCUGCAUAAACACAAUCGGAAGUUACGACUGCAGAUGCAGAGAAGGAUUUGUCGGAAAUCCGUUCGUCGGUUGUCAGAAGAUGCAAGUUGGCCCCUGUGAAGAUCCGUCAGUUUGUUCGUGCAGUGAUAAAGUGCCGUGCCCAUCGGGCUUUUCGUGUAUCCAAAGUAAAUGCAUCGACAGAUGUAGCGACAUAAAGUGCGGUCCAAGAUCCGUCUGCGAAGAAGGUACCUGCAUAUGUCCACCUGGCUAUAGCGGCAACGCGAACGAUCUGAAUAACGGAUGUUACUUACAAGGUCACUGUUCCAAUGACCUCGACUGCGAAGCGCAACAAAUAUGUUUCCAAGUUGGCAAAGGAUCAAGAAAAUGUGUCGAUGCCUGUAGUAAACUGCAGUGCGGUCCUAACGCGUUGUGCGUUGCUCAAAACCACUUGUCAUCUUGUAUUUGCAUCGACGGAUACACCGGAAAUCCGAGCAAUCUCGCCGACGGAUGUCAACCCCAUAGAACAGUUCCUACAGCGACGUGUUCCGACGACACGGAAUGCGUCGAAGGAUAUUUCUGCACGCAGACCGAGCACGGGAUUCGAGAAUGCGUGGACCCAUGUGCUAGGGUGGUUUGCGGUUCUCACGAAAGAUGCCAACCGGAUUCAUUGAAACAUGCGACAUGUGUUUGUCAAGACGGAUAUGAGUGGAACCCGGUAUUAUCAUCUUGCGAGAAACCGUCCGUACCCGAUUGUAUAAGCGACAACGAUUGCGAAUCGACUGCUGCCUGUCGUCCGGAUGCCUUGGGAGUUUUGAAGUGCACUUUUGUCUGCAAGGCAUUCACCUGCCCUAUCAAUUCACAGUGUAUCGCAAACGCCCAUCAGGGUCAUUGCGAGUGUCUACCCGGCUAUACCGGAAAUCCCAACGAUCGCAGCGGUUGUCAAACUUCUCGAAGGGACAGAUGUAACACUGAUACGCAGUGUGCCGAGGACCAGACAUGCAGGUCUUCCAACGACGGUACAUUGUCCUGCCAACCGGUCUGUAACUUUGUUUCCUGCGGUCCGAACGCAUUGUGUAUCGUAAACAAUCACGUCGCACGUUGCGAAUGUCCUCCGGGACUUUAUGCCGGGGAUGCGAAUGACAUGACAAAGGGAUGCCAGACGGUUCCCUGUGUAUACAAUAUCGAUUGUCCACCGACUCAGCUAUGUAACCGACUGACGCAUACUUGUUACGACGCUUGUGAUGAAAAUUCCUGCGGAUUGAAUGCCGUUUGCAUAGCAGACGAUCACAGGGCUAUUUGCCAGUGCCCACCGGGCUUCAAAGCGAACCCUGUACCGGACAUAGAAUGUGUCGGUAGCGAGAUUUGCACGGCAAAUCAUUGCCACCCAACUGCCAUAUGUGUUGCCGGAAUUUCGGACUCACCGAUAUGUCAAUGCCCACCGAAUCACGUCGGAGAUCCUUACACGACUGGAUGUCAGCCGGAAGGAUUUUGCGCUACGGACAAGGAUUGCCCGGCGCAAUCGAUAUGCCGAAAUCGCAUAUGCGUUAAUCCAUGUGACAAUGUUUGCGGUGCAAAUGCUAUUUGCGAAAUUAUCAAUGGGGAAUUGUCGUGCAGGUGCGCUCAUAAAUUUGUGCCCUCCAGCAGAGGUCAUCAGGAUGGAUGUGUCAGAGCUGCGGGAGCCUGCCUCUCCCAUGCGGAUUGCGAUGGCGAUUUUUGUCUGGAUGGCCGGUGCAAAGCUGCUUGUCGCUCAGUUUCCGAUUGUUCGGACGGUGAGAAGUGUAUAAACAAUCUGUGCGCUGUGCCUUGCGUAUCUCAUUCGCAGUGUCAAUCGGAUCAGGCUUGUGUGAGUGGGACUUGUACUCUCGGUUGUCGUAGCAAUAAAAAUUGUCCUUCGUCCGAAUCGUGCAUCAACAACAAAUGUCAAGAUCCUUGCACGAAGGAAAACGUGUGUGGCGCGAACGCGAAAUGUACGUGCAUCGAUCAUUCCACGACCUGUAGAUGCCCAGCCGGAUUCCAAGGUAAUCCAACUCCGGAACAAGGUUGUGUACGUGUUCCAACUACGUGCGAAACACCCAGAGAUUGCCCGUCACAACAUACGUGCAUUACGGGAUUCUGUCAAUGUCAAUGCAAUGCACAAAGCGAUUGCGCGCACGGAGAACGUUGUAAGAAUGGAUUAUGCGUGAAGAUAUGCUAUGGGGAUAGCAACUGUUUACCCGGAGAGCAAUGUAUCAGCGGUAAUUGUGUAAUCGGAUGUACUUCCGAUGCUGGAUGUAAAACCAACGAAAUAUGCGUAAACAACAAAUGCAGAUGUGGACAUGGAUUUAUCGCCGGUCCUGAAAAAUGCUUGGACAUAAACGAGUGCGAAGAACAGCCUUGUCAUCAAAGUGCCGAAUGUAUCAAUCUUCAUGGUUCAUACCGCUGUAUUUGUCCACAAGGGACAGCGGGUGAUCCGGUGGGAACUGGAUGUCUGAUACCUCAUCAAUGCGAACUGCAUUCCGAAUGUUCCGAUUCCCAGGCCUGUCUUCAAAAUAACUGUACAGAUCCAUGCGCGUUCGUAGAUUGUGGAUUCAACGCUAUUUGUUCAGUAAUCGAUCACACGGCCGCGUGUCAAUGCCAACCCGGUUACAUCGGGGACGCAUCUGGAUGUUUCAAAGUCGAAUGCCUUUCUAACAAUGACUGCGCCGGGGACAAGUACUGUAAUCAAGAAGCUAAUAAAUGCGCAAGUCCUUGUAAUCAGAUGAACUGCGGCUAUGGAAAUUGUGCCGUCGUUGAUCACAUUGCCACGUGCAAUUGUUAUGCAGGUUUUGCUUUGAUCGGUGAUACAUGCGUUGAUAUAGACGAAUGUUCAGAAAAUCCUUGCCAUUCAACGGCUACGUGUCACAACACCGACGGUUCUUUCGCGUGCGUAUGUCCGCACGGUUUGGUUGGAGAUCCAAUCAAGGUGGGAUGUAGAUUGCCCGGCGAUUGUUACACCGAUUCCGAUUGCCCUACCUCAGCAGCUUGUAUAGAAAAUAGCUGCCGCAAUCCGUGUGACAAUCCGACGAUCUGUGGACGAAACGCCGAGUGCAGUUCCGUAGCUCACGCGGCAGUUUGCCGAUGCCCUGGCCAAACUACCGGAGACCCUAAGAUCAAUUGUGUUCAUUUGGAAUGUAAUUACCACAGCGAUUGUGGUCCAUCGAAAGCAUGUUUUGACAACAAAUGCAUCGAUCCAUGUUCGGUGCCGAACGUAUGUGGUCAAAGGGCUGAUUGUUCUCCGUUGAAUCACAGUGCAGUUUGCACAUGUCAGCCGGGAUGUACCGGAGAUCCAAACCUUGGUUGCGUACCGGUACAGUACUGUAAAUCAGACUCACAGUGUCCGACUAGCUCCGCUUGUAACGGAGGAGUAUGCACGUCCGUUUGUACAAGCACAAGAGAUUGCAUUGGAGAUCAACUGUGUAUCAAUGGGGUCUGCCAACCAACCUGCAGAGCUAAUUCAAGUUGCCCAGAGUAUCAGUUUUGUCAGAAUAAUAUCUGCGUCCAAGAACUGCGUUGUGUUUCGGACGACGAUUGCGGUCACAGUGAAAAAUGUAUCAGAAACGCGAUUGGACAGGCGGAAUGUAAGGAGGCAUGCGAGCUUAUUUUGUGUGGUCGCAACGCAGUGUGCCAAGGUGCGAACCACGACGCUUCCUGUUCUUGCGAACGUGGUUUUUACGGCGAUGCCAAUGACGACAAAAUUGGCUGCCAGCCCAUGGAAUGCGAAUCCCAUCAGGACUGUUCAGAUGAAAAAAUCUGCGAAUCGUACAAAUGCAGAAUCGCUUGCAUCGCGCACAAUCCAUGUGGCGCGAAUGCGAUUUGUUCUACGAAAAAGCAUUCACAAGUGUGCACCUGCCAACCUGGAUACACUGGAGUUCCAACUCAGGGUUGUGAACUCAUCGAUUUUUGUGCUACGACUCCCUGCGGUCCAGGUGCCUCUUGCGAAAAUUCGCGUGGAUCAUUCAAAUGUUUGUGUCACCCAGGAACAGUUGGAGAUCCGUACAACAGCGGUUGCCACGAACCUGGUUACUGCCAGGAAGAUGAAGAUUGUCCAUUAACUGCAAAAUGUAUCACCUUAAAAGGAAAACCCAAAUGCGUUGAUGUUUGCGCACAAUUACAAUGUGGACCGAAUGCGGAAUGUGUUGCAUCCGAUCAUGCUGGCGCUUGUCAGUGUCGCUCUGAUUACGAAGGAGACCCUAGCAGCCUGAGCAUCGGCUGCCGACCGAAACCGACACCUUGUUCGUCAUCGGCAGAUUGCCUGGUCAACACAUAUUGUUACGAAAGCAUUUGCCGACCUUCGUGUCAAUCGGACGAAGAGUGCAAUUUAUCGGACGUUUGUCUGAACGGACAGUGCCUGGAUCCAUGCGAUAUAAGAGCAGCGUGUGGAAUAAAUGCGGAUUGCCAAGUACGAGGUCACAUAAAGCAGUGCAGUUGUCCGCCAGGUUUCACUGGUAAUUCUGAGGUGGAAUGUGUGAGAGUGCCAGUAUCUUGCAAGAACGACAACGAUUGCAGCGAAGGGAAUACUUGUCGCGAAAACAUGUGCUUACCGAUUUGUGGAGCUGACACAGAAUGUGCCUUUAACGAAAAAUGCAUUGGCAAAAACUGCCUCCUAACUUGUAGAUUGGACAACGAUUGUUUCCUUGGGCAUAUUUGCCUGAGCAAUAUGUGCACCUUUGGCUGUCGCGGAGACGAAGAUUGUAACGCAGAUCAGGCCUGUUUCAACAACAAAUGCACAAACCCCUGCGAAGCCACACCUUGCGGUCCGAAUGCCAAAUGUACAGUUACCAAUCAACGAGCUACUUGUUCCUGUGGACAGGGAUUCAUUGCUAAUCCAACUGCUAAAGUAGCGUGUAUUCGUACACCUGGACCAGGAUGUCAAGCGAACCGAGAUUGCGCACCGGGCACAUCUUGCGUUUCGAAUUUGUGCACACCUGUUUGUUCAUCGAACGCGAAUUGCUUGAGUAACGAGAGAUGCGAUAGCUCCGGAGUAUGCAAAUCGCUUUGCAGACGCGACGAGGAUUGUCGUAGUGGUGAAAUUUGCGAAGGACUUGUGUGCGCUAUCGGUUGUAGAUCCGACAGCGAGUGUCCGGACAGUCACGCUUGCGUCAACAAUAAAUGUACAGACAUUUGUGCUUCUCCGAAUACAUGUGGCACAAAUGCCAGAUGUUCUGCCGUCAAUCAUCAGAAACAAUGUGUAUGUCCAACUCCUUUGGUAGGAGAUCCACUCGUUGGAUGUAGACAAACGUUCGUCCCUUGCGAUUCGAAUGCAAACUGCUUACCAGGUCAAUCAUGUUACGGACGAUUGUGUUACACCACAUGUAGAAGCGAUUCCAAUUGUCUUAAUGAUGAACGUUGCGAUGGCGGACUGUGCAAGGCAAUAUGUAACAGCGAUGACAAGUGCAUAUCGCAACAAAUUUGCAAAAAUCGGCUCUGUGACAUCGGCUGUCGUAGCGAUAGCACAUGUCCAAGUGACGAGUCUUGUCUGAAUAAUCAAUGUAAAAACCCGUGCGAAGGAGGCAAUGCUUGCGGAGAAUGUGCCGGUUGUCGUGUGGUGAAUCACGCUGCCCAAUGUAGUUGUCCGGUUAAUUAUUUCGGCAACGCGUUGGUCAGUUGUACCAAAUCUUUGAUCCCAUGCGACGGUUCUUGUGAAUGUGACGAGAUCGGUUUUUGCACAACAAGUUGUGCGACUCAAGAACAAUGUUCUUGUGGAGAAAUUUGCAGCGCCGGAAGGUGCAGAGCUAAAUGUGACGUCAAUAACGCUUGUCUGAAGGGUUACACUUGUGAAAGAGGCUUAUGUCUAGUGGGUUGUCGAACUCAUUCUGACUGUCCAUCGUCACUUUCUUGCUCGAACAAUCAAUGUAUAGACCCAUGCAACAGUGGAGAAUCGCCGUGCGGAAUAAACGCUCUUUGUCGUGUAUCAAAUCAUCGAGCGGUUUGCCUAUGCCCAGAGGGUUUCCAGGGUGAACCAAGCCGCGAAUGUUACCAAGCAGAAUGUCAUCUCGACGAAGAUUGUGAGCCAAAUAAACGAUGUAGCGACGGUGGUGUUUGCACUAAUCCGUGUCUACAACAUGGAGUUUGCGGAUUUAAUGCACAAUGCCGCGUCGUCAAUAGACAAGAGCAAUGCUCUUGUCCACCCGGGCAUUUCGGGAAUCCGAAGGUCAACUGUAAAAAAGGCGGAGACGAUUGCCUUCGUAGUCCGUGUGGAUCAAAUGCGAAGUGUCGCGAUGUUGUUGGAGGUUUCGAAUGUGCUUGCGAGGCGGGAUGCUCAGGAGAUCCAUAUUCUGGAUGCAUAUGUGAGGGGGCUCUUUGUCGGGAUAUCCAAUGUGGAGUUAACGCGGCGUGUCGUAUUUACAAUAAUCAACCCCAGUGUUAUUGUCCUUCAAAUUACCCAUCCGGAGAUCCAUCCAGAAAAUGCACUCCAGAACGGACUGCGGGAGAUUGUCGGACCCUUGGUUGUGGAAAAGGUGCUGAAUGUCUACGAGAUGGUACGUUAUUCGUGUGUAAAUGCCCUCCUGGUACGAGCGGCUCUGCUGACACCGAGUGCAAAACAGAGAGAGAAUGCACCAGCGACUUAGAGUGUCCAAACGAAAAAGCCUGCAUAAAUCUACAAUGUCUGGACCCAUGUGCACUACGUGGUGCCUGCGGGAUAAAUGCCUUGUGUCGCGUCGUACUGCACAAGCCACGAUGUUCGUGCCCACAAUGUUACAUUGGCAUGCCCCAUACUGCUUGUCAACCAGAUCCCAAGUGUGAAACUGUCGAUCCCCGACCCUACCCUCCAAGCAUAGGUUGCGCUUCUAACUACGAUUGUCCGGAAAGUCUUUCCUGCAAUACUCAGACUGGAGAGUGCCGCGACCCAUGCUUAAACUCGAAGUAUAACUGCGAUGUAAAUAAGAAGUGUCAGGUGCGAAAUCACAGUCCGAUGUGUGUCUGUAAAUAUGGUUUCGUUGUCAACGAUAUUGGGGAACUAAAUUGUGCUCCUGAUACACCGACGUGCUUGAGAGAUGUCGAUUGUCCAUCAAAUGCUGCUUGCAUUAACUUCAAAUGUCAAAAUCCGUGUAACGUGCGUCAAAAACCGCCAUGCCCAACUGACAAAACUUGCAACGUAUUGGAUCACCGCCCUGUGUGCAUAUGCACCAGAAACUGCAAUCCCUCAUUGUCAAUCUGCCUGCGAGACAGUGGCUGCUCUGCAGAUUUGGCCUGCCGCAACUAUCGCUGCGUGGAUCCUUGCAGCAACUCCACCUGUCCGGCUGAUGCCCCCUGUUACGUGGAGGAGCACAAGCCAAUCUGCAAGUUCUGUCCCUCGGGCUUUGUGCCAGAUACUAAAUAUGGAUGCAUGAAAGCAGUUGAGAACUUCAAACCAGCGAUUCUCUGCGUGUCCGAUGAUGACUGCGAUCAUACAAAUGCCUGCAUAAAAGGGUCUUGCGUAGAUCCUUGCACCAUCGACUGUCCACUGGCAGCUCAGUGCCGGGUCGAAGCACACAGGCCUAUUUGCGUUUGCAAUUCGAAUGAUUCUAUUUGUUUAACAUACGAAGCUACCACAUCAGCUUCAACACCAAUUGCACUUUCAAAAUUAGAUAAUAGUACAGUGUCAGUAGUUGAGCCGACAUCAACAACACCUGAUACUCUAAGCUCAACAAUAACAUCCACCACAAUACACGAAGAACUCGAAACACCCGCUAAACCCGAUGGCACAACUAUCACAUCCUUCACACUAAGCGACACUACUGAUAGUUCAGUAAUCAGUACUCUGCCUACUUCAACUACAGAGUUUUCGUUAACUACCGGUACCGACGAUACAACUACCGAAUUUAGUACAAAAUCCAUGGAAAGUACUGGUGGAAAUAUUGUUUCAACAACUUUGGUCACGUCAACAACGGAAGUCACGCUAAACACGGAUACCGAAGAUAUGUUUACCACAUCGAGUACAGAACCUACGAUUCCUGGUACUGAGGAUAGUUCGACAAUUUCAGUUUCUUCUACCACAGAAUCCACAGCGAGUACUAUUGAGGAUAGUUCGACAACACAGUGGGAAACAUCUACUGCAGAAUCCACAGAGAGCACUACCGAGGAUAGUUCAACUACAAAUUGGGAAACUUCGAGUGUAGAAUCCACAUUGAGUACGAGCACUGAAGAUGCAACAAUAACGUCGACCACAUUCAAUACGGAAUCAACAUUGAGUACUAGUACAGAGGAAAUGUCAACAUUGUCGACUACGGAAGACACGCUUUCUUCAACUACUUUUAUAAACAAUUCCACACGUUUGGCGGAUGUUGGAGAAACGAUUAUCCCAACGACGGAUAGUAGUAGAGAUCGUGUAACGAAUAAACCAGCGGAUCAGACUACGAAAAAAUUAGAAUUAACAACAGUUACGCCACAACGAAUGACCACUUUGAAUGAUUCAUUUAUAACGACAGGUGAAACAACUCAUGGUGCGAGUACAGGUGAAAUUACGACGCAUAAGAUAGAACCAGUGACACACUUGUUUGACGAAUACGAUGGAUCGUCUACAACUCAAAGUAUAAACGUGCUAGAUAAAAUUCACACAGAAUCUACAACACCUUCAGUUAUCUAUGUCCCUGAUGGCCAAUCCACAACGUUAGAGAAUCGUUUAGAAACAAGCACAACUUUGGUAGAAAUAACGGAUAGAACACCGGUGCAGACCACUACCCCAGGAGCUGUCGGAUUAACUGAGGUUGAUAAAAAUCAAGAGACUACGGACGAAAAUCGUCAUACUACUUUGAAACCUGUGACUAACUCUUGGGACGGAGCUUCCGUGACUACUGAAUCUAAUGAAGCUGUAGAAACAACGCAACAAUUGAUUACAAGAGAUCAGGAACGACCAGUGCACGAAGUCACCUUUGGGCCUAUACAAACGACGACCACACCCGAAGGAUUGAUUGGAAUUGAUGAAAAUAAAUCGACUACUGAAAAUCCAUACACUUUGGCUACACAAGUUACUGCCGAUGAAAUCACUCAACCUGUCACGACGACCCGUAAUACGGUUUCGGUUGACCCACCGAAAGGAACUACUCGUGGUUCAGGAGCUGAUGAGAAUGCGGAGUCAACAACAACGCAAUUGCCACUUACGACUUCUGUCGUUGAUCGAAAUAUCAAUACAACUGCGAGGGUCACUAGAUUACCAGAUACUACGACAAUAAUGACCCCUCAUGAUGUGCAUACAGUAGAUGACUAUCCAAGCGAUACAACGAUACACGUCGUGAGCUCAAUUACCGAUAAUCCCGUCACUACGGAAUUUUCAUUUCAGGUAGACAAACAGUAUACUACAACAAAACAGUCUAAAGAACAAACGCCAUAUGCAAGUACAGAAUUCACUACAAAUAAUCGAGUGACAGAAGGCAUAGAUGACAAAUUUGUAUCUGUAACGACGCCCUCCCAGGUCGGGGUCAACAAUGUGUACACCACACCACCAAAAAUUGAUUCAGUUGACCAAUCUACAUACACAGAUCAAACAAUACAAGUGACUACUGAUGGUAUAAAACAUCGUUUCAAUGAUUCGGAAACAACGAUCGAUACUACGACAACAUUCGUUCCAACGUCCUUCAACUUGGUGAAUACGAGUCAAGGACUUGUGGAUAAAAAUCAAUCAGUCACCGAAUCGUCAUCGAUGCUUGGUGGAGAAACUUUCACAGUACCAUACGAAAGCACGACAAAACAAUCGAAUAGUCCUGUGACACAACAUACGGUUGGUGAUGAGUCAUUUGAAACGUCAACUUCUGAUACUUCAACACUAAAAUCCAUCCAGGAAAUUCCAUCGACAGAAGAAAGUAGCAUGAAUAAUCCAUCCACUGAAGAAAAUACUUUAUCACCGACACAUUACACGACUUUAGAUUACAGCAGUAGUAAUACAACGAAUUAUUCGAAUGACGACGGGAAAACGGAUACAAGUGCGCCAAUUACAGAUUCUACAACUAGAGCUGAUGUUGUUAUGAAUUUAUCAACAGUAAAGAUACCGUUUGGACAAACAGACCGAGUCAGUGAGCUUGGAACGACCGAUAAGUACGUUACAUCCGGUGAUGUUCCAACAACAAAUGUUGGUCAAAUAGACACACAUACAACGCAAAGAACAUAUGAUGACCAAUUGACCACAAAUGUUCCGGUUACUCUGCCAACAGUCAAUCCUACUACUGACUCCGCACAGACAGUAAUAAAAUCAACAACGGGUGUCAAUGAUGAUAAGAUUUCGACUGUAACGGAUUAUGCUCAUCAGCUAAUAGAUACAACGACGCCGCGGAGUGAUAAAAUCACUGAAAAUACGACUAAUUUGAUUCAAGGUGAUCCGGAAAUUGAUCAAACCACUCAUGGGCUCGAUUUUAAUGUGGAUUCAACUGCGAAAGUACCUACAACGGAAAUCCCUAUUUCUAACGAGUUUCAGACUACGACUCAACGUAAGGACGUGACUACUGAAAAAACGACGAGAUUGAUUCAAGGUGAUACGGAAGUUGACCAAACCACUCCGAAAUUUAUUCCAACUGUUGGCUCCACUGUGGAAACACCUGAAAAAGCCUUCACCGUUAUUUCAGAAACUCAAACAACACAAAAAAUGACUGGUGGGAGUGAAAUUGAGACGACACAAACAGUCGUCAACAAUAACACCCCGAUAACUGAUAGUCCAACUAACGUUGACGUUGUGGCUACCACUCGGGAAAGUAGUCAAGUAACAGAGCAAACAACGACCUUGAGCCACGGAUAUUCAGAAGUUGAUCAGACAACAAAGAACUUGGAACCCUCUAUGCGUGUAACUACAAAAACACCUGAAACAGAAAUUCCGGUAGUUACUGAGUUCCAGACGACAGAAAAGUCUUUCACACAAUUCGGGAGUACGGAAACAAAUGAUAAUGACAUUAGUUCUUCGUCAGAAAAUGUAAUGCAGAUUACUACUCAGGGCUAUGAUAGAGCUACAGAAAAACCAACAACACUCGUUUUCCAGGACCCCUUGAUUGAUCAGACUCAAACGACUCUGAAAGAGGAGAUUAACAAUCCAACUACUCAGAGUCUUCCUCGAUUCUCUACUCAGUUCAGUGAAGUGACAGAACAAACUACGAUAUCGAUCCAAGGAGAUUCUGAAACUAUUCAGACUACGGAAAAUUUCAAUCCAGUAGUUCGCGUGACCACGAAAGUGCCUGUGAGCGGACUUCCGGUAUCCACGGAACCACAGACGAUGGAGUCAGAAACAACGAACAAAUAUGAAGUAACGGACGUCAGCUUUGAUGUUUAUAACUCCACGUCAGAAGAUGUUCAGAUUAUUAAUCAGACUACUACUCAGCACGAUGACCAAGUGAGGCAGCAAACGACGACAAUGGUUCAAAGCGAUCCUACAAUUGAUCGGACUACAGAAAUUAACGGUGACAAACUAACGACCACCACUCAAAAAAGUAUCCAACUGACCGAACAAACUAUAAUAGGCAGUCAAACGGAUUCUGGAAUUGGCCUGACAACUCAGAAAUCAUUUACGACUUUCGAUUCGACGACUCAAACUCCUAGAGCUACGACAACACAGAAAUCAAUGGAUUCGAAUGAAGUUGAAACAACACAAGCUUAUGUUUUGACUACCAAGCAAAACAAUAAUCAAGCUACAGAACAAACGACAAUAUCGAAUCAAGGUCAAAGCACUGAUCAAACUACACGAAAAUUCGAGCCGAUUAUUCGCGUGACUACGAAUGUACCUAAAACAGAAAUGCCAGUUACUGAUUUCCAAACGACACAAGAAUUCGUGACCACGGAUAAAUCCGGAGCAGCCGAGCCCAUGAAUAAUGAUAAUAUUGGUUCGACAACCGAGAUUGUUUAUGAUAAUAUUCAGACAACUGCGAAGCAUGAUUAUGAUACCACAGAAAAGACAACGAAACCGGUUCAAGGCGAUCCUCAAAUUGAUCAAACAACGCAAGGAUAUGUUCCAAGCGAUGGUUCGACUAUGCGAACGCCUGAAGCGGUUGUUACUGUGGUUGCCGAACCUCAAACCACGGAAAAAGUGUUAGCUGUGGACACGACGCCGGCACCGAAUUAUGGUAGUAGCCCAACAACAGAAAAUAUUCCCCAUUUGGGUACUGAACCUACGACUCAAAAGAGUAACGAGUUCACGGAACAAACAACAAAAUUAAUUCAAGGUGAUCCUAUCAUUGAAGUAACAACGCAAAGUCUUGUCCCAACUGUUGGCGUAACUACACAAACUCCCGAAGCAGUUUUUACUGUUGUUGCACAGCCAGCAACGACAGAAAAAAUAGUGAGCGUUGAUGCGAUCCAAACGACACAAGCGGAAAUUGUUGAUGGUAGCCCAACAACAGAGAAUAUACCGCAUUUGGAUACCGAACGUACCACUCAAAAGAGUAACGAGCUCACGGAACAAACAACGAAAUUAAUUCAAGGUGAUCCUAUCAUUGAAGUAACAACGCAAAGUUUUGUCCCAACUGUUGGCGUAACUACACAAACUCCCGAAGCAGUUUUUACUGUUGUUGCACAGCCAGCAACGACAGAAAAAAUAGUGAGCGUUGAUGCGAUCCAAACGACACAAGCGGAAAUUGUUGAUAAUAGCCCAACAACAGAGAAUAUACCGCAUUUGGAUACCGAACGUACCACUCAAAAGAGUAACGAGCUCACGGAACAAACAACGAAAUUAAUUCAAGGUGAUCCUAUCAUUGAAGUAACAACGCAAAGUUUUGUCCCAACUGUUGGCGUAACUACACAAACUCCCGAAGCAGUUUUUACUGUUGUUGCACAGCCAGCAACGACAGAAAAAAUAGUGAGCGUUGAUGCGAUCCAAACGACACAAGCGGAAAUUGUUGAUAAUAGCCCAACAACAGAGAAUAUACCGCAUUUGGAUACCGAACGUACCACUCAAAAGAGUAACGAGCUCACGGAACAAACAACGAAAUUAAUUCAAGGUGAUCCUAUCAUUGAAGUAACAACGCAAAGUUUUGUCCCAACUGUUGGCGUAACUACACAAACUCCCGAAGCAGUUUUUACUGUUGUUGCACAGCCAGCAACGACAGAAAAAAUAGUGAGCGUUGAUGCGAUCCAAACGACACAAGCGGAAAUUGUUGAUAAUAGCCCAACAACAGAGAAUAUACCGCAUUUGGAUACCGAACGUACCACUCAAAGGAGUAACGAGCUCACAGAACAAACAACAAAAUUAAUUCAAGGUGAUCCUAUCGUUGAAGUAACAACGCAAAGUUUCGUCCCAACUGUUGGCGUAACUACACAAUCUCCCGAAGCAGUUUUUACUGUUGUCGCACAGCCAGCAACGACAGAAAAAAUAGUGAGCGUUGAUGCGAUCCAAACGACACAAGCGGAAAUUGUUGAUAAUAGCCCAACAACAGAGAAUAUACCGCAUUUGGAUACCGAACGUACCACUCAAAAGAGUAACGAGCUCACGGAACAAACAACGAAAUUAAUUCAAGGUGAUCCUAUCAUUGAAGUAACAACGCAAAGUUUCGUCCCAACUGUUGGCGUAACUACACAAUCUCCCGAAGCAGUUUUUACUGUUGUCGCACAGCCAGCAACGACAGAAAAAAUAGUGAGCGUUGAUGCGAUCCAAACGACACAAGCGGAAAUUGUUGAUAAUAGCCCAACAACAGAGAAUAUACCGCAUUUGGAUACCGAACGUACCACUCAAAAGAGUAACGAGCUCACGGAACAAACAACGAAAUUAAUUCAAGGUGAUCCUAUCAUUGAAGUAACAACGCAAAGUUUCGUCCCAACUGUUGGCGUAACUACACAAUCUCCCGAAGCAGUUUUUACUGUUGUCGCACAACCAGCGACAACAGAUAAAUUGGUUAUUGUUGAGGCGAUUCCAACGACACUCGGAGAAAUUCAUGACAACAAUCCAACUACCGGGGCUUCUCAAUUCAACGAGCUGACCACUACUCAAAAUAGUCGAAUUACAGAGCAAAUUACAAUAACUAAUCAAGGUGAUUCAGAAAUCAGCCAAACUACUCAGCAAUUUAUGCCCGCUGUCGCUUCGACAACUCAAAUGCCCACCUCUGAUAUCACUGUGGCUUCUCACUCUGAAACGACAAAAAAAUCUACAGAUGCUCAUGACGUUGGGACAACAUAUCGAUACAAUAAUAACGAUAGCCCAACAACGGAGAAUAUCCUGCAAUUGAGCGUUCCGACUACGAGACCAGGGCAAGAAAACUUGGAUCCUUCAAUCUUGCCCGUUGAAACCAGUACAAACACAAUCCUUGGACAGACUGCGGCAACCUCGUCAGAGGAUAAUGGUUAUACCACUGGUAAAGAUUUCGUAACAUCUCCAAGUUCAGUUUCAUCUGUCGACCAUGAAUUUCCUACAACGGUAAACAUGCUUGUAGUAGAGCCUUUGAUGACGACGCACAAGGCUCCGAAUCCUAUCUUAAACACUUACACAACAGAGAAAGUUGCCGAUGAGACAAUCAGGCAAACACCGCCUCCACAAAGUGUGACAGAUAAAAUGAUCGAUAAGGUCACUACGGACUCCGAAAAUCUAUUGACAAAAGCAACAACCGAAUCCGAUGAAAUUGAUGAACAAGUUACAGCGUCCUCAACAAUUGGUUCAACAAUUAGCAAUGAAAAUUAUUAUACAAGUACUACAAUAGGAUCUACUGAUUAUUACACGGAAAAUGUGAGUGAACCUUUGAGCACAACGGAAUCCACUGAUGCGAAUAAUUUGGUGGAAACUACGAGUACCCUCAGCACACCGAUAACAACGGAUGAAACCACUAUGGUAGAAAUGGAAAGCACAUCAGAUGUAACGGAUAAGUUUGAUGAAUUUAGUACCGCGGACAUGAUGUCCAGCACUACAGAAAGCAUGGGAAGUUCUACAACUUACGGAUCUAGUACAAUGGAAACUACUACAACUUAUAGUACUGUAGACACAGAUGGAACAACAUUGUCUACUGACUUAACGGAGUCAACCGAGGCAGCUACGACUACUGAAAAUCACAGUACGCUAGGAUUUAGCGAUCCAACGAUUUCGACAACGUUUCAAAGUGACAUGUACGUUACAAAUGAUCAUUCAACAACUAUUCCUUCGACCAUUUCUACGGAUAUUAUUGCAAACCUUUACGAAACCACAACAGAAUUCAGAGAUAUAACUGAAACGAGCACCAACAUAGUUACAGAAGUUGCUAAGGAAGUAUUCUGUAGUCGCGACGAAGAUUGCAUUAAAAGUAAAUCGUGUGUUAACGAAACUUGCAAAAAUCUAUGCGAAAUUAGCAAUCCUUGUUCAGAUGAGGUAGAUUGUAGGGUGAUCGAACAUCGGCCUGUGUGCUUGUGCUCAGCUGAACGCCAGAAUUCGUCUAAUUGUAGCGUACUCCCAGAUGUGAAAUGUACAUCACACACCGACUGCGCAGAACAAUUGGCAUGCAUCAAUCAACAAUGUCUAAAUCCAUGCACGCUUGGAAAUCCUUGUGAUUACGUUGAACAAUGCCACGUCCAGGAGCACAGACCAGUCUGUUUCAAACGAGAAACUGAUCCAGAAAUCGACACAUGUCCAGAGUAUUGCCCACCGGGAAUGGAAUGCGACAAAUCAACAAGUACUUGCGUACAAGCGGGUUGCACUAGCAACAGGGAUUGUUCGCUGACACAGGCCUGCAUCGGAAAAAUUUGUCAGGAACCAUGCGCUGUCCAUAAUCCUUGCGCUAGAAACGCGGUUUGCAUCAAUACGAAUCACGGAACCGACUGUAGCUGCGAGGAAGGCUAUCACGGAAAUGGUUUUGUCACGUGUAAUCUUGUGGAAAAAGGCAAAAACAUUUGCCAGUAUAAUGAAGACUGUCCACCAAACAAGCUAUGCGAUAGGUUGAAUAGAGUUUGCAUUAAUCCUUGCUCUUCGGAUACUUGCGGAGACAAUGCUCAAUGUGUAGCGAACAAUCAUGAAGCUCAAUGCAAAUGCUUAUCUGGAUACCAAGGAAAUGCGUACAUUGAAUGUACCCGAGUUGCUGGAUGUUCGAGUAAUGGAGAAUGUGCGAGUAACGAGGCUUGCAUUAACGGUCGAUGCGGCAAUCCAUGUGCUUGUGGAAAGAACGCAGUUUGCGAUGUCAAAAAUCAUCGAGGAUCAUGCAAAUGUUUGCCUGGAUAUUUCGGUGACCCGGAAAUUGGUUGCCAGGAAUUAUCUUCAAACCCUUGCAUUCCAAAUCCAUGUGGAAUUUUGGCCAUGUGUGAAAUUGAUAAUGGAAAUCCCAUCUGUUUCUGCCCGAAAGGCUUAACAGGAAAUCCAUUCAAGCAAUGCAUUCCCGAGGGAGACAGCUGUAAGGAUAAUCCAUGUGGUUUGAAUUCUGGCUGUAGAAUAGUCAACGGUCAGGUGAAAUGUUUCUGCUUGCCUGGUUACGAAGGCAGCCCACCGCAGACGGCUUGUACUCUUCCUAACAAUCCUUGCGAUCCGUCUCCUUGUGGUCCAAAUACGCAAUGCUCAAUAUUGGAGAAUGGAUUUUCAAAAUGUUCCUGUCUGACUGGUUACAUAGAGAGUCCAAACACCGUCAGAGGCUGUAUACCAAAAUCUAAUCCUUGUCAGCCAAAUCCAUGUGGACAAGGAGCAUUGUGUGACAUUAACAGAGAUCCUCCAUGUUAUUGCCCCGAUUCAACACGCGGAAAUCCUUACAGGAGUUGUUCCGCUCCAAACGUAGUUGAGCUUUGUCAACCUGGACCAUGUGGAGAGAACGCAGAUUGUUACGUCUCGAACAACGGAGAACAAUGUUACUGCAGAGCAGGAUACUACGGGGAUGCUUAUUCUGGCUGUCAUCUUCCAGCAGUAACUCCUUGUCAGCCAAAUCCUUGCGGUCCAAAUGCCGAGUGCAAAGUAACUCCGGGAAAUCAAGCGCUAUGUGAAUGCGCCCCAGGAACAUCCGGUGAUCCCACGAGUUCCCUCGGUUGCAACAGACCAGAGUGUACAAGUGACGACGAAUGUUCACCAACCGAAGCCUGUAUAGGAUACAGAUGCCGUAAUCCAUGUUUAGGAGCCUGUGGUGUAGGAGCUAAUUGCCACGUCGAUAUUCAUCAUCCAGUCUGCACGUGUAAUGAAGGCUUAUUCGGUAAUCCGAUGAUCAGAUGUUCUCCACCCCGCGACCCACCGACAGAAAGUCCUUGCGAGCCGAGUCCGUGUGGCAUUAAUACAAUUUGUCAAGUAAUGCAAAACCGAGCAGUUUGUUCUUGUCUACCAGACUUUUUGGGUGAUCCGCAAAGCGGUUGCCGCCCAGAAUGUACAAUCAAUUCAGACUGUCCACUAGACAAGGCCUGUCUGAACAUGAAAUGCGUGAAUCCGUGUUCACUUGGCACGAUUUGUGGUUCCAAUGCUGAGUGCAGUGUGUCUUAUCACACGCCUACUUGUAGUUGUAUAGAAAACUACUUCGGAAAUCCAUUUAUUCGCUGUGUGCCAAGACCGAUUAUCACGGUCGAUCAACAGAGAAAUACUACUCGCCCAUGCACAUCAUCGCCAUGUGGGCCAAAUAAACUGUGCGACACUUACACUGAUCAAGUAGCUAUCUGCGGAGGAUGCGAUUCUGGAAAUUAUGAAAAUGAUAUGAUGCUCUGUCGACCAGAGUGUUUGAGUAACACUGAUUGUCAAUACAACAAAGCUUGCAUCGGUUGGAAAUGUGCAGAUCCUUGCUUGGGUUCUUGUGGUCUCAAUGCUAAUUGUCAAGUCAUUUUACAUACCCCCGUAUGCAGCUGCCCAAUUGGUUUGUACGGCAAUCCGUAUGACAGUUGUUCACCGGGGCCCAUAGAUAAUCAAGAUCCAUGUAGUGUAACGCAAUGUGGAGCGAAUGCAAUAUGUGAAGAGCGGAAUGGCGCAAUUACCUGUAAAUGUCUACCAAACUAUUUCGGCAAUCCCUUCAUGGCCUGUCACCUAGAGUGUGUUCAAAACUCGGACUGUGCACUGAAUCAGGCUUGUUCAAACAGUAAAUGUGUGAAUCCAUGCGCUGGUGCCUGUGGUACCGGCGCAUCCUGUGAAGUUAUCAAUCACAACCCGGUCUGUUUCUGUGAUCACGGGCUCCGCGGGGAUCCAUUUGUUCGUUGCCAACCUCAGCGAGACCCGGGUAUCACUGUGACGCCAGGACCUUCUAAUCCAUGUGUCCCAUCGCCAUGUGGGCCGAACAGUAGAUGUAUAGUUUCACAAAAUGGAUAUGCGACGUGCUCGUGUUUGCCAGAAUAUAAGGGUAGCCCUCCACUGUGUAACCCAGAAUGUGUAGUAAGCUCAGAUUGCUUGCAAAUACAAGCUUGCAUUAACAACAAAUGCGUGAAUCCAUGCAACGGAGUAUGUGGACACGGAGCAUUGUGCUCAGUGAUCAAUCACAACCCAACAUGCAGUUGUCCUGCCGGACAAGAGGGCAAUCCAUUCGUUCGAUGUUAUGCAUCGACAGAACCAGAGCCGCCAAGGUCACCAUGCAGUCCUUCACCAUGUGGUCCGAAUUCGGUAUGCCAAGUGAAAAUGGGAAGGCCAGUAUGUUCCUGCUCGAGCACAUUCGUGGGCAGUCCACCAAAUUGCAGACCGGAAUGUUUAAUUAGCCAAGAAUGUUCGAUCGAUCAGGCUUGUGUGUCAUUCAAAUGUAUCAACCCUUGUCCAGAUAGUUGCGGACCGAAUUCCGAUUGCACAGUCAUAAGCCACACUCCAUAUUGUUCUUGUAAGCUAGGCUACGAAGGUGAUGCGUUUGUUGGAUGUACCGCAAUUCCUGAGCGACCGCCAGAGAAACGUGACCCAUGUUCACCAUCUCCUUGCGGGAAUAAUGCCUUGUGCACUGUUCACGAUGGAGUGGCUAGAUGUAACUGCAUACCACCUUACAUUGGAAAUGCUUACGUCGGCGGAUGUAAGCCUGAAUGUAUGAUAAAUGGGGAUUGUUCAAGUCACUUGGCCUGCUUGAAUCAGCACUGCAGAGAUCCUUGCCCUGGUGUUUGCGGCAGAAAUGCAGAGUGCGAAGUAUCUAACCAUAUACCAGUUUGUUCCUGUUCAAGGGGAUACUCCGGUGAUCCUUUCCAGGGAUGCAAGAUUGAUCGACCCACACCACCGCAGAAACAAAAUCCAUGCACACCAUCACCAUGUGGGCCAUACAGUAUUUGCCGUGUGAUGAAUGAUCGAGCAGUCUGUUCUUGCAGUCCAGGGUAUCAAGGGACGCCACCAUCUUGUCGACCCGAAUGUCUAGUCAGCUCAGAAUGUUCGCAGCAUCUUGCUUGCAUUGGGCAAAAAUGUGUCGACCCGUGUCCCGGAGUUUGUGGUCUCAACGCUCACUGCCAAGUAGCUAAUCACAACCCAAUAUGCAGCUGCCCACUUCAAUAUAACGGAGAUCCAUUUGUACAGUGCCUCAAAGAACAGCCAAAGGUCACGACUCCGUUGAAUCCGUGCUUCCCAUCACCUUGUGGACCAAACGCAGAAUGUCGCGUAGAAGGCAGCCGAGCCGUAUGCUCAUGCCUAAGUGGAAUGUUGGGUGCACCGCCAAACUGCAGACCAGAAUGUUUAAUCCAUCAAGAUUGUCCUAGCCACUUAGCUUGCGUACAAAAGAAGUGUUUGGAUCCUUGUGUUGGGUCAUGUGGAUUUAACGCUAGAUGUACCGUGCAAAAUCAUCGUCCGAUGUGCCAAUGUUACGAGGGUUACGAAGGAGAUCCAUUCUCCGGAUGUAAUAUGAAAGUUAUAACAGUCGAGCAGCCACCAGCUGAACCUUGCAAUCCAUCUCCGUGUGGAUCAAAUGCAGUAUGCAAGGAACGAAAUGGAGCAGGUUCGUGCACCUGUAUUCCCGAGUACACGGGAGAUCCAUACUUGGGGUGCAGGCCAGAGUGCGUUCAAAAUUCGGACUGCGUUCAUACCAAGGCUUGCAUCAAUAACAAAUGUAAAGAUCCAUGCACGGGAGCCUGUGGAAUCAAUGCUCAGUGCCAAGUUUACAAUCAUCAACCUUCAUGUACUUGUUUAUCUGGCUACAUCGGAAACCCAUUGACAUCUUGUCACUUAAAACCGGAAGACGACCAUACCAAAGAAAUACGACCUUGCGAUCCAUCUCCAUGUGGACCCUACAGUAACUGCCGAGCAAUUAAUAGUCAUGCAGUUUGUACUUGCCAGCCUAAUUACAUAGGAAGCCCACCAGGUUGUCAUCCCGAGUGUGUUGUCAGUACUGACUGUGCUCAGGAUAAGGCUUGUAUUGGUCAAACUUGCAAAGAUCCAUGCCCAGGAACUUGUGGUGAAAACACUAACUGUCAAGUUGUCGGUCACAACCCAGUGUGCAGUUGUCUUCCAGGAUACACUGGUGAUCCAUUCUUCCGCUGUCUCAAGGAAGAAGUCAAUUUGCCAACACCACCACCGAGCGGAAAUCCAUGUCGGCCGUCUCCCUGUGGACCUAACUCACAGUGUCGAGUAAUUGAUGGUUUCCCAGCUUGUUCAUGUUUACCAAACUAUGUUGGACGUGCGCCUACGUGUCGACCAGAGUGCGUGAUUAACGAAGAGUGUCCAGGAAAUCUCGCAUGUCAAGGUAUACAGUGUAAGGAUCCUUGUCCAGGAUCAUGUGGCGUGAAUACACUGUGCAAUGUUGUCAAACACAAUCCCGUAUGCGUUUGUGCGGCUGGAUACACUGGAAAUCCAUUCACCGAAUGCACGCCAAUAAUAGAAGUUCCGAUAACAACUGAAAAUCCGCGCACUCCAUGUAAUCCAUCGCCUUGUGGUGCCAACGCAAGAUGUAAUGAAAGAAAUGGAGCAGGUUCAUGCACCUGCCUUCCAGAGUAUUAUGGCGAUCCAUACACGGGAUGCAGGCCAGAAUGUGUUGCAAAUUCUGAUUGUGAACGCACCAAGGCUUGCUUAAACAACAAAUGUAUCAAUCCUUGCCCAAGUUCAUGUGGGCAGAGUGCAACUUGCCAAGUGUUCAACCACGCGCCAUCAUGUACCUGUUUGCCAGGAUAUACCGGUGAUCCACAAAUAGCUUGUGCACCCGAGCCGAAAAUCAACGAUAGACCCAUCGAGCCUUGCGAGCCUUCACCAUGUGGUCCCAAUAGUAACUGCCGUGUAUUGAAUGGACAUGCUGUGUGCUCUUGCCAGGGUGGGUUCGUUGGUACUCCACCUUCAUGUCGCCCAGAAUGUACAAGCAGCUCUGAAUGUCCACAAACCAAAGCGUGUAUCACCUUUAAAUGCCGGGACCCCUGUCUGGGAACGUGUGGCAAAUACACAACGUGCCUUGUUGUGAAUCACAAUCCCAUUUGCAGCUGCACAAAUGGUUAUACUGGUGAUCCAUUCACACAUUGUGAAAAGAUUGAAAUGACAACACUGCAGCCUGGUAAAGAUGCGGGAAAUCCAUGCACACCAAAUCCUUGUGGUCCAAAUUCUCAAUGUAGGGUGAUAGGCUCGCAACCGGCAUGUUCAUGUGCGUUGGAUUUCAUCGGACGUCCACCAAACUGUAAACCAGAGUGUACAGAUAACUCAGAAUGCCCGACCACUGCAGCUUGUAUAAAUCAACGUUGCAAAGAUCCAUGCCCAGGAAGUUGCGGAACUUUUGCCAUGUGUGUUGUACAGAAUCAUCAGCCACUGUGUUCAUGCCCAGAUGGCUACGUCGGCGAUGCAGAAUUUGGAUGCAGUCUGGCUCCGCCACCUUCGACCGAACAAACUCCAACUAAUCCAUGCCUGCCAACUCCAUGUGGUCCGAAUGCACAAUGUCGCGAAAGAAAUGGAGCAGCCGCGUGCGCUUGCCCUCCAGAGUAUAUCGGAAAUCCUUAUGACUCACAAAUAGGAUGCAGAAGAGAAUGUGAAGCAAAUUAUGAAUGUGCAUCUCAUUUAGCUUGCGUUGGUUACAAAUGCAUUGACCCAUGCCCGGGUACCUGCGGUACAUUAUCCAUAUGCAAUGUGGAUGCUCAUGUUCCAGUUUGUACUUGUCCAGCUGGAUACACGGGAGAUCCGUACUUCGCUUGUAAUUACGAGGAAAUUAAAACAGUGGAACCACCACGCGAUCCGUGCACACCGUCUCCUUGUGGGCCUAAUAGUAAAUGUCGCACGAUUAACGGACAAGGAGUAUGUACAUGCUUGCCGGAAUACAUUGGUGCACCACCAUCGUGCCGCCCAGAAUGCAUUGUCAAUGCAGAAUGUCCGGUUAAUUUAGCCUGCUCGAACAAGAAGUGUUCCGACCCAUGUCCAAAUACGUGCGGAUUGAGGGCACAAUGUACAACGAAAAAUCAUAAUCCCAUUUGCACUUGUCCACCUGGUUUCACAGGAGAUCCGUUCACACAAUGUUCUCUUUAUGUAUUACCAGAUGAACCACAAACUGAAAGACCUCCAUCUUGCACGCCAUCACCUUGUGGACCAAAUUCACACUGUCAGAUAAUAUCCGGCAACCCUGCAUGUUCGUGUCUUCCAAAUUAUAUUGGUGCACCACCAGAAUGUAGGCCUGAGUGUGUUUUAAGUUCUGAGUGUAAGAGUCAUCUUGGUUGCAUAAAUCAGAGAUGCCAAGAUCCAUGUUUAGGCUCUUGCGGCAUCAGUGCUGAAUGCCAUGUGCUGAAUCACAUACCUGUAUGCACAUGUACCACCGGGUUUACUGGCGAUCCAUUCUCACAGUGCUCACCUAUUCCGCCAAGUACGGAAGCCCCAAUUAGAAAUCCUUGUAACCCAUCACCUUGUGGACCCAAUGCUAUAUGCAGAGAUGGAGACUGCGAAUGUUUACCAGAAUAUAUUGGAAAUCCGUUUGAAGCUUGUAGACCGGAAUGUAUUCUUAAUACUGAAUGUCCACGAGAUAAAUCUUGUUUACGAAACAAAUGUAAAGAUCCAUGUCCUGGAAUUUGCGGACAAAAUGCUCAAUGCGACGUUGUGAACCAUAUUCCAGUAUGCUCGUGUCUCUCUGGAUUUGUUGGUGAUCCAUUCGUCAGCUGCCGGCAACAAGAACUUGUCCCAGAAAACAAACGUGAUCCUUGCUCGCUAUCUCCUUGUGGUCCAAACAGCCAGUGUCGCAACAUGGAUGAUCGCGCUGUGUGUUCUUGUCUUCAAGGAUAUUUGGGAUCUCCGCCCUCAUGUCGCCCAGAAUGCAUUGUCAGUUCUGAAUGUUCGUCAACAAGAGCAUGUGUCAACAAAAAAUGUACGGAUCCUUGUUUGGGUUCCUGUGGUUUGAAUGCUCGAUGUGAAGUGAUAAACCACAGUCCGAUAUGCAGCUGUCUUGCAGGCCAGACAGGAGAUCCUUUCAGAAGUUGCUACGAUAUCAUAGCGGAUCCGGAACCAAAGCUACCAGAUGACCCUUGCAAUCCUUCACCAUGUGGACCGAAUGCACAUUGCCAGAACAACGGCGGUAAUCCCGCGUGUUCGUGCCUUCCAACUUAUGUCGGAUCUCCACCGUCGUGUCGUCCAGAAUGCGUUAUAAAUCCAGAUUGUCCGAGCAACAAAGCGUGCAUCAACACCAAGUGUACGGAUCCUUGUCCGGGCUCUUGCGGAGAGAAUGCCGAAUGCAACGUUGUUAAUCACGCAGUCACAUGCACGUGUUCCAAUGGAUUCACGGGAAAUCCGUUCGUUCAGUGUGUGAUCAAGAAAGACGAGAUUUUGAAUCCUUGUGAACCAUCUCCGUGUGGUCCAAACGCGAUUUGCCAACGCCGUGAUAACGCAGGUGCAUGUAGUUGCAUUCAAGAUUAUUAUGGCAAUCCUUACGAAGGAUGUCAGCCUGAAUGCAUCUUAAGUGCAGACUGUCCAACGAACAAAGCAUGUCUUCGUAAUAAAUGUGAAGAUCCAUGCCCUGGCAUAUGUGGCACACUUGCCCAAUGCUUUGUUGUAAAUCAUAUACCGACGUGUACAUGCAUGGCUGGAUAUAUAGGUGAUCCUUUUACGGCUUGCACAUUGCAGCCGGUAACAGAACCAACAGUUGCCGAACCGUGUUCACCUUCACCAUGUGGGCCAAGUAGCUUAUGUCGUGUGGUCAAUGGUCAAGCUGUUUGUACUUGUCAAGAAUCUUACAUUGGUUCACCGCCGAACUGCAGACCUGAGUGUGUUGUAAAUUCUGAAUGUCCACAAGAUCGCGCGUGUUACAAAUUCAAAUGUACCGAUCCUUGUCCGGGUACAUGCGGACUCGAAGCGAGAUGUCAAGUUGUGAACCACAACCCACUGUGUAGCUGUCCACAAGGCAUGACUGGUGAUCCAUUCUCAAGAUGUUACCGUGAGCCAGUUGUACCUACGAUUGAUCCGGCACCAAGAGAUCCAUGUUUCCCAAGCCCAUGUGGCUUGUAUGCGGAGUGUAGAAAUAUCGCAGAUCAAGCAGCUUGUUCAUGUAUGAAGAAUUACGUAGGAUCACCGCCAAAUUGUCGUCCAGAAUGUGUUGUGAAUACCGACUGUUCGUCCAACAAUGCCUGUAUCUCAGAAAAGUGUAGAGAUCCAUGCAUAGGCUCUUGCGGACAAAACGCCGAUUGCCGCGUUCAAAAUCACAUACCAACAUGUCUCUGUCAGCAGGGAUUCACUGGAGAUCCUUUCACACUUUGCUCACCAUUCGUUGACCGACCAAAGGUUCCCGAUGACCCUUGCGAUCCAUCGCCAUGUGGUUCAAACGCUCAGUGUUUCGGAGGUUCUUGCGAAUGUCUACCAGAUCACUUCGGAGAUCCUUAUUCAUAUUGUCGACCAGAGUGUACAAUGAAUUCUGAUUGUUCACGAGUUAAAUCAUGCGCCAACCAGCACUGUAUUGACCCUUGCCCUGGCACUUGCGGAUCAAACGCUCGAUGUGAUGUUGUCAAUCACAUUCCAAUGUGCAGUUGCCCAGCUGGUACAACUGGAGAUCCGUUCACUCUAUGCAGACCUGACAAACAGGAUGAUGGACAACAACAACCAUGCACACCAUCACCAUGCGGUCCGCACAGCAUAUGCAAAGUCGUGAAUAACCAUGCCGUUUGUUCGUGUCAAUCAAAUUAUAUUGGUAGUCCACCAUCUUGUCGACCAGAAUGUAUAGUCAGUGCGGAAUGCCCGCUAACCCAGGCAUGCCUUGGCAAUAAAUGCCUAGACCCAUGUCCCGGAACAUGUGGACAAAACGCUAGGUGUCAAGUGGUCAACCAUAAUCCAAUAUGUAGUUGCAGCGAGGGUUACAGUGGAGAUCCGUUCACGAGGUGCAACGAAAUAAUGGUUAUUUCGCCAAAGAUAAAUCCAUGCGAUCCAUCACCAUGUGGACCAAAUUCAGAGUGUCAUAUCCGUGGAGAAAGCCCUGCAUGUUCGUGCUCGCAAAACUACAUAGGAACGCCGCCAAAUUGUCGUCCGGAAUGUACAAUUAAUCCAGAGUGCGCGCCGCAGCUUGCUUGUGUUCAACAAAAGUGUCGUGACCCGUGUAUUGGUGUUUGUGGUUUGAAUGCAAAGUGUUCAGUGAUCAACCAUCAACCUGUUUGUACGUGUCAUCAAGAUUUCACGGGUGAUCCAUUCAGCAGCUGUCGUCUAAUGGAGAAAGUAGAGCCCCAAAACGAAAUUAGGAAACCAUGUGAUCCAUCUCCCUGUGGCUCGAAUGCCAUAUGCCGAGAAUAUAAUGGCGCUGGAUCAUGUUCAUGCCUCCCAGAUUAUGUAGGAAAUCCCUACGAAGGCUGUCGUCCUGAAUGCAUAUCAAAUUCUGACUGCAUGUCAAAUAUGGCCUGUAUCAACUCCAAAUGCAAGAAUCCUUGCCCUGGAACGUGCGGUUUAAAUGCCCAGUGUAACGUUGUUAACCAUUUACCAACAUGUAACUGUUUCUCUGGUUACACCGGUGAUCCCUUCAGAUAUUGCGUUACGCAACAGUAUCUCCCUAUAGACGUCGAUGUAGACCCAUGUCAUCCAUCACCUUGUGGACCUAAUAGCAAAUGCCGGAAUAUAAAUGAUCAGGCUGUGUGCUCCUGCUUACCAACAUACAUGGGAAGCCCACCAAAUUGCAAGCCAGAAUGUGUCGUGAACAGUGAAUGCUCUACGACAAUGGCUUGUGUGAACCAAAAAUGCAUAUCACCCUGCCCUGAUCCAUGUGGACUCAAUACAGAAUGCAAAGUUAUUUAUCACAGUCCAAUUUGCAGCUGUAUUCCUAGGUAUACAGGCGACCCUUUCACGAGAUGUUUCCCACUGCCACAAAUUUCUCCAGUACAUCACGAUGAAAUCGAUCCAUGUUUACCAUCUCCUUGUGGAUUGUAUUCCGAAUGUCGAAAUAUUAGAGGGUCUGCAUCUUGCUCUUGUUUAUCGACGUAUAUCGGAGCUCCUCCAAAUUGUAGGCCAGAAUGUAGAGUAAAUUCGGAAUGUUCGAUGAAUUUGGCCUGCAUAAAUGAAAAGUGUAAAAACCCAUGUUUGGGGUCAUGCAGUAGUACAGCUUUGUGUAAUGUACGGAAUCACGUUCCGAUGUGCACAUGCCCAGAAGGAUAUACGGGAGAUCCAUUCAGUAACUGUUACCCUAAACCACCAGCUCCAACUGAACCAGCAGUCCGCGAUUUAUGCAAUCCAUCUCCUUGUGGACCCAACGCUUUAUGUAAUAACGGACUUUGCACGUGUUUGCCUGAAUACCAAGGUGAUCCGUACUAUGAAUGUCGACCAGAAUGCGUUUUAAAUUCGGAUUGCCCACGCGAAAAAGCAUGCGUUCGUAACAAGUGCAUGGACCCUUGUCCAGGAACUUGUGGCCAGAUGGCUCAGUGUGUAGUUUUCAAUCAUGUUCCUAUGUGCAGCUGCCCAGCUAGAAUGACCGGAAAUGCUUUUGUACUUUGUUUACCAUUCCAAGACCCAAUAGACACAAAUCCAUGUGAGCCUAGUCCAUGUGGACCUAACAGUGUCUGUAGAAAAAUAAACGAGCAAGCAGUUUGCUCCUGUGUAUCAGGAUACAUUGGAUCUCCACCUUCAUGCAGACCGGAAUGCACAGUUAGUUCUGAUUGUUCACUCAACGAAGCUUGCAGUAAUCAAAAAUGCCGGGAUCCAUGUCCAGGCUCUUGCGGUAUCCGCGCAAGAUGCGAAGUCAUUAAUCACAACCCAAUCUGUACUUGCCCGCAAAAUUAUAUCGGCGAUCCAUUUGUCAGAUGUAUACCUAAACCACUUGAUAACACACCUGUUCAAGUAAAUCCAUGCCAGCCAUCUCCCUGUGGACCAAACGCUCAAUGCAGAGUAAUCAAUGAGUCACCUUCAUGCUCGUGUCUUCAAGACUAUAUAGGUGUUCCGCCAAAUUGUAGACCAGAAUGUGUGAGCAAUAGUGAAUGCAGCAGCCAUUUAGCGUGUAUAAAUCAAAAAUGCAAAGAUCCUUGUCCAGGCUCAUGUGGUAAUAACGCCGAAUGUCGAGUUGUAAGUCAUACGCCCAUGUGCGUUUGUCUCCUCGGGUAUACCGGAGAUCCAUUCACUCAAUGUGGAAGACAACCUACCGUUGUACCGGAACGCCUUACUCCAUGCACUCCUUCCCCGUGUGGUUCGAAUGCCAUUUGUAAAGAACAGAAUGGAGUCGGAUCUUGUACUUGUUUACCAGAAUAUAUUGGAAAUCCUUACGAAGGUUGUCGUCCGGAGUGUGUAAUAAACUCUGACUGUCCUUCGACUCUUGCUUGCAUUCGAUCCAAGUGCCAAAACCCUUGUCCAGGAACAUGUGGUCAAAAUGCCGAGUGUCAGGUCGUUAAUCAUUUGCCGUCCUGCACGUGUAUUGCAGAUUUUACCGGAGAUCCAUUCCGUUACUGUAAUCGUGUUAUACAGCCUGUGCAAGCGGAUCCUGUAGAGCCAUGUAAUCCAUCACCUUGUGGACCAAAUAGUCAAUGUCGGGUGGUCAAUGACCAAGCCGUUUGUUCUUGUCAACCUGAUUACAUAGGAACCCCACCGGGUUGCCGCCCAGAAUGUGUAGUGAGCUCGGAAUGUCCUCUGAACAGAGCGUGCAUACAACGAAAAUGUGUCAAUCCAUGCCCUGGUCCAUGUGGGCAGAAUACCAAUUGCGAAGUUCUGAAUCACAGUCCUAUCUGUGCCUGCAAACAAGGUUUCACUGGUGAUCCAUUCACGAGAUGCUUUUCUAUUCCGAAACCCCUACCAGAGAAAGUUCCAGUGAUAAAUCCUUGUGUGCCUUCACCUUGUGGUCCGAAUGCCGAAUGUCGGGAUAUUAGAGGAUCCCCGUCGUGUUCAUGUAUAGCAAAUUAUAUUGGUAGCCCACCAAAUUGUAGACCUGAAUGUAUCAUAAAUCCCGAUUGUCCAAGUAGUAAGGCGUGUAUAAGGGAAAAAUGUAGAGAUCCUUGUCUUGGAUCUUGCGGUGUAGGGGCUCAAUGUAGUGUCAUCAAUCAUACACCCAUGUGCACAUGCCCACAUGGCUACACUGGAGAUCCAUUCAAUAAUUGCUACCAAAAAUUAGAAAUCGAGGUAAUCGAAAAAGAUCCUUGCAAUCCAUCUCCCUGUGGACCGAAUGCUGAAUGCAAUAAUGGAAUUUGUACAUGCUUUUCGGAAUAUCAAGGAGAUCCUUAUCUUGGGUGUAGACCUGAAUGUGUUCUUAAUACAGAUUGCCCUCUGAAUAGAGCUUGCGGCAACAACAAAUGCUUUGACCCGUGUCCAGGCACUUGUGGCCAAAAUGCAUUAUGCAAUGUUUAUAAUCAUGUUCCAAUGUGCAGCUGUCCUCCAGGAAUGUCUGGAAAUGCUUUUGUUUUUUGCUCAGCUAUAAAAGAACUCGAUGUCGUCCGAGAUCCAUGCAAUCCAUCACCCUGUGGGCCAAACAGCUUAUGUCGCACAAUUAAUGGGCAAGGUGUCUGCUCUUGUGUUCCUGGUUACAUCGGAAGCCCUCCCUCAUGUAGACCUGAAUGCAUAGUGAGUUCCGAUUGUGGAAGAAAUGAGGCUUGCAGUAAUCAAAAAUGUGUUGAUCCUUGCCCCGGUACUUGUGGUCUGAGAGCUCAGUGCCAGGUUUAUAAUCACAGUCCGAUAUGUAAUUGCCCAUCUGGUUACACUGGUGAUCCGUUCCUGAGAUGCGAAUUCAUUCUGCCUACUGAAGUCAAGCCUCUAAAUCCAUGCCAGCCAUUCCCCUGUGGGCCAAAUGCUCACUGUCAAGUGAUAAACGAUAACCCCUCGUGCUCAUGUAUACCGCAAUUUAUUGGAUCCCCUCCAAACUGCAGACCGGAAUGCGUUAGUAACAGCGAAUGUUCUAGUCACUUGGCAUGCAUCAAUCAAAGAUGCAAAGAUCCUUGUCCAGGUUCUUGCGGUAUCAACGCUGAAUGUCGAGUGGUCAGUCAUACGCCAAUGUGUGUUUGUACCUCGGGAUACUUUGGCGAUCCUUUCACUCAGUGUAACAUCCGGGAAUCUGAUCCAGUUAUUGCUGAGAAACUUUCUCCCUGUACGCCUUCACCUUGUGGUUCAAAUGCUAUUUGUAAAGAGCAAAAUGGCGUGGGAUCCUGUACUUGUGUACCUGAAUACAUUGGUAACCCUUACGAAGGAUGCCGUCCAGAGUGUACGAUUAAUUCAGAUUGUGUAUCCAGUCUGGCGUGUAUAAGAUCUAAAUGUCAGAAUCCUUGUCCGGGAACGUGUGGUCAGAACGCUGAAUGUCAAGUAAUUAGUCAUUUGCCCAGCUGUAAUUGCAUACCCGGAUUCACAGGAGACCCAUUCCGUUAUUGCAACCCCUAUCAACCGAUAAUAGCAGAUCCUGGUGACCCAUGUCAACCUUCACCUUGCGGGCCGAAUAGUCAGUGCCGUGUGAGUAAUGGGCAAGCCGUUUGUUCAUGUCUCCCAGAAUACAGAGGAGCCCCACCUGGUUGUCGACCAGAGUGUGUUGUUAGCUCAGAAUGUCCAACAAACAGGGCUUGCAUGAAUCAAAAAUGUGUUAAUCCAUGUCCUAAUCCAUGUGGCUUGAAUACAAAUUGUGAAGUGAUGAGUCACAGUCCAAUUUGUGCCUGCAAACCUGGGCACACUGGGGAUCCAUUUACAAGAUGUUUCCCGAUUCCAAAACCAGAUCCACCUUAUGUUCAACCAACAAAUCCAUGCAUACCUUCUCCGUGUGGUCGUUACGCAGAAUGUCGUGACAUUGGGGGAUCCCCAUCAUGUUCAUGCCUUGCUAAUUACAUUGGAAGUCCUCCGAACUGUAGACCAGAGUGUACGAUAAAUCCUGAUUGUUCAAGUGACAAAGCAUGCAUGAGGGAAAAAUGCAGAGACCCUUGUCCAGGAUCUUGUGGGGCAAAUGCUCUUUGUAGCGUUAUUAAUCAUACACCCACAUGUACUUGUCCCGAAGGAUACACUGGAGAUCCAUUUACUAAUUGCUAUGUUAAACCACCAAUUAUCCAAAGCAUUGAAGUAGACCCCUGCAACCCAUCUCCCUGUGGAUCAAAUGCUAUAUGCGAUUCUGGCAGUUGUACAUGUUUAUCAGAAUAUCAUGGCGAUCCAUAUUCUGGGUGUCGCCCAGAGUGCGUUCUCAACACGGAUUGUCCUCUGAAUAGAGCCUGUGGAAAUAACAAGUGCUUCGACCCUUGUCCAGGCACUUGUGGUCACAAUGCGGAAUGUAACGUUUAUAAUCACGUUCCCAUGUGCAGUUGUCCUUCAGGAAUGUCAGGAAACGCAUUUGUUGUCUGUUCGCCUUAUAGAGAUCCCAUAGUCGAGAAUCCGUGCAAUCCAUCACCGUGUGGUUCGAACAGCCAGUGUCGUGUGAUAAACCAGCAGGCAGUAUGUUCGUGUGUACCUGGAUUUAUAGGAAGCCCACCAACAUGUAGACCCGAAUGUACAGUCAGUUCUGAUUGCCCUAGAAAUCAGGCUUGUAGUAACCAAAAGUGUAUUGACCCAUGCCCUGGUACUUGUGGCAUCAGAGCCCAGUGCCAAGUCAGUAAUCACAACCCUAUAUGCAGUUGCCCACUUCAAUAUAUGGGGGAUCCAUUCGUCAGAUGUACACCGAUUCCGGACGCUCCAGUUGUAAAGGUCAAUCCGUGCCAACCAUCUCCUUGUGGUCCCAAUGCACAAUGCCAAGUUGUCAAUGACUCGCCAUCAUGCUCCUGCCUAUCAGAAUUCAUAGGGUCACCACCAAAUUGUAGACCAGAGUGUGUUAGUAAUAGCGAAUGUUCCAGUCAUCUGGCAUGCAUUAAUCAAAAAUGCAGGGACCCUUGUCCUGGCUCGUGUGGAAAUAAUGCAGAAUGUCGGGUUGUCAGUCACACUCCAAUGUGUGUUUGCAUCGUAGGAUAUACCGGCGAUCCCUUCACACAUUGCACAAUCAAAGAAUCUGAUCCAAUAUAUGAAAAUAUUUCUCCGUGUUCACCAUCUCCAUGCGGUUCGAAUGCUAUUUGUAAAGAACAGAAUGGCGCAGGGUCCUGUACAUGUCUUCCGGAAUAUAUCGGCAAUCCAUACGAAGGAUGCCGCCCAGAAUGUGUAGUCAACUCCGAUUGUAUAUCGAGUCUAGCUUGCAUCAGAUCGAAAUGUCAGAAUCCUUGUCCGGGAACGUGUGGUCAGAACGCUGAAUGUCAAGUUAUAAAUCAUUUGCCAUCGUGCACGUGUAUUUCCGGUUUCACCGGAGAUCCGUUCCGCUAUUGCAGUCCAGUACAACAUCCAGUUGUAGAAGCAGAUCCUGGUGACCCAUGUAAUCCAUCACCUUGCGGUCCGAACAGUCAGUGUCGCGCCAUAAAUGGACAGGGUGUAUGCUCUUGUUUGCCAGAAUAUACGGGCAGUCCACCGAGCUGUCGGCCAGAAUGUGUUGUUAGCUCGGAAUGUUCUACGAAUAGAGCCUGUAUUAAUCAAAAAUGUGUUAAUCCUUGCCCAGCCCCUUGUGGCCUAAACACGAAUUGUGAAGUUACAAAUCACAGUCCGAUAUGUGCUUGCAAGCAAGGACAUACGGGUGAUCCAUUUACACGGUGUUUCCCAAUUCCAAAGCCGGUUCAAAAUAUAAAAACAGAUCGAAAUCCGUGUGUGCCAUCUCCGUGCGGACCUCAUUCCGAAUGUCGUGAUAUUGGAGGCUCACCAUCCUGCUCAUGUAUAUCAAAUUACAUCGGAAGUCCACCUAAUUGUCGACCUGAGUGUACCAUAAAUCCCGAUUGCCCUAGCAGUCAAGCAUGCAUGCGAGAAAAAUGCCAAAACCCCUGUGUAGGCUCAUGCGGCAUAGGAGCUCAAUGUAGUGUCAUAAAUCAUACUCCGACCUGCACUUGCCCUGACGGAUACACAGGAGAUCCUUUCAGUAAUUGCUACCCGAAACCUCCAAUGAUCGAUGAUCCAGAGCCUGACCCAUGUUAUCCUUCUCCAUGUGGCUCAAAUGCUGAAUGUAAUCAAGGAACAUGCACUUGCUUACCCGAAUACCAAGGCGAUCCAUAUGCGGGUUGUAGACCCGAAUGUGUUAUUAAUAUGGAAUGCCCGUUAAACAAAGCUUGCGUUCGUAACAAGUGUAUUGAUCCCUGUCCAGGAACUUGUGCACAAAAUGCACAAUGUAACGUCUAUAACCAUGUGCCUAUGUGCAGCUGCCCAUCUGGCAUGGAUGGAAACGCAUUUGUCUUGUGCUCUCCCAUGAGAGAUCCGAUCGUAUCAAACCCAUGUCAUCCAUCACCAUGUGGACCGAACAGCCAGUGUCGCACAAUAAAUGGACAAGCUGUAUGUUCGUGUGCUCCCACUUUCAUUGGAAGCCCGCCUUCUUGUAGACCAGAAUGUGUAGUGAGUUCAGAUUGUGGAAGAAAUGAGGCGUGCAGUAACCAAAAAUGUAUUGACCCAUGUCCUGGCACAUGUGGUCUUCGGGCACAGUGUCAAGUCAAUAACCAUAAUCCGAUAUGCAGCUGUCCACCAAGGUACACUGGUGAUCCAUUCGUCAGAUGCCAAGAAAUACUAGAUGAGCCGGUUAUCUAUGUAAAUCCUUGUCAUCCAUCACCUUGUGGUCCCAAUGCACAAUGUCAAGUGAUCAAUGAAUCUCCAUCUUGCUCUUGCUUACCACAAUUCAAAGGAGCACCACCCAAUUGUAGACCAGAAUGUCACAGUAAUAGUGAAUGCCCAUAUCAUCUGGCAUGCAUCAAUCGAAAUUGCAAAGAUCCUUGUCCCGGGGCUUGUGGUGCAAGUGCAGAAUGCCGUGUGGUCAGUCACACGCCAAUGUGUGUUUGUAUUGUUGGCUACACCGGCGAUCCCUUCACCCAAUGUCUCUUCAAACAACCUGACCCAAUUUUCGAGCAAAUGUCUCCAUGCACGCCAUCUCCAUGCGGCUCAAACGCCAUUUGCAAGGAACAAAAUAAUGUUGGAUCUUGUACAUGCUUGCCAGAGUAUAUUGGUAACCCUUACGAAGGAUGUCGCCCAGAAUGUGUCGUUAAUUCUGAUUGCAUAUCGAGUCUUGCUUGUAUACGUUCGAAAUGUCUGGACCCUUGCCCUGGAACGUGUGGUCAGAAUGCACAGUGUCAAGUUAUCAAUCAUCUUCCUUCAUGCACAUGCAUACCUGGAUUCACUGGAGAUCCCUUCCGUUAUUGUAGUCCUGUACAACCAACUGUAGUGGAAGCAGACCCUGCAGACCCAUGCAAUCCUUCACCAUGUGGGCCGAAUAGUCAAUGUCGCCCUAUAAAUGGUCAAGGUGUAUGCUCGUGCCUACCGGAAUACGUGGGAAGUCCUCCAGGUUGUCGACCAGAAUGUGUUGUGAGCUCGGAAUGUCCGAUAAACAGAGCCUGUAUUAAUCAAAAAUGCGUCAACCCGUGUCCUAAUCCAUGUGGCUUAAAUACAAAUUGUGAAGUGUUGAGUCACAGCCCAAUAUGCGCCUGUAAACCAGGGCACACUGGAGAUCCGUUUACUCGGUGCUUCCCUAUUCCAAAACCUACGCAGGACGUAAUACAAAUCAAAAAUCCGUGUAUACCGUCACCAUGUGGCCCUUAUGCGGAAUGUCGUGACAUUGGAGGAUCACCUUCUUGUUCGUGUUUGACCAAUUAUAUCGGGAGUCCACCUAGUUGUAGACCAGAGUGUACUAUAAAUCCUGACUGCCCCAGCAGUCAAGCAUGCAUGCGGGAAAAAUGUCGGGAUCCUUGUGCAGGGUCAUGUGGUAUAGGAGCGCAAUGUAGCGUAAUCAAUCACAUUCCGAUUUGUACUUGCCCAGAUGGAUACACAGGUGAUCCGUUCAGCAAUUGCUACCUAAAACCUCCAAUAAUCGAUGAUCCAGAGCCUGACCCAUGUUAUCCUUCUCCAUGUGGCUCAAAUGCUGAAUGUAAUCAAGGAACAUGCACUUGCUUACCCGAAUACCAAGGCGAUCCAUAUGCGGGUUGUAGACCCGAAUGUGUUAUUAAUAUGGAAUGCCCGUUAAACAAAGCUUGCGUUCGUAACAAGUGUAUUGAUCCCUGUCCAGGAACUUGUGCACAAAAUGCACAAUGUAACGUCUAUAACCAUGUGCCUAUGUGCAGCUGCCCAUCUGGCAUGGCUGGUAACGCAUUUGUCUUGUGCUCUCCUAUAAGAGAUCCGAUUGUCUCAAACCCAUGCAAUCCAUCGCCAUGUGGGCCGAACAGCCAGUGUCGCACAAUAAAUGGGCAAGCUGUUUGUUCGUGUGCACCCAGUUUUAUGGGAAGCCCUCCAUCUUGCCGACCAGAAUGUGUAGUAAGCUCGGAUUGUGAAAGAACCGAAGCAUGCAGCAAUCAAAAAUGUAUCGAUCCCUGCCCUGGUACUUGUGGCCUUCGAGCACAGUGUCAGGUUAAGAACCACAAUCCGAUAUGCAGUUGUCCACCAAGAUACACUGGUGAUCCAUUCGUCAGAUGCGAAUUGAUACUCGACACACCUGUGGAGCAUAUAAAUCCGUGCCAACCAUCUCCUUGUGGUCCCAAUGCACAAUGCCAAGUUGUCAAUGACUCGCCAUCAUGCUCCUGCCUAUCAGAAUUCAUAGGGUCACCACCAAAUUGUAGACCAGAGUGUGUUAGUAAUAGCGAAUGUUCCAGUCAUCUGGCAUGCAUUAAUCAAAAAUGCAGGGACCCUUGUCCUGGCUCGUGUGGAAAUAAUGCAGAAUGUCGGGUUGUCAGUCACACUCCAAUGUGUGUUUGCAUCGUAGGAUAUACCGGCGAUCCCUUCACACAUUGCACAAUCAAAGAAUCUGAUCCAAUAUAUGAAAAUAUUUCUCCGUGUUCACCAUCUCCAUGCGGUUCGAAUGCUAUUUGUAAAGAACAGAAUGGCGCAGGGUCCUGUACAUGUCUUCCGGAAUAUAUCGGCAAUCCAUACGAAGGAUGCCGCCCAGAAUGUGUAGUCAACUCCGAUUGUAUAUCGAGUCUAGCUUGCAUCAGAUCGAAAUGUCAGAAUCCUUGUCCGGGAACGUGUGGUCAGAACGCGGAAUGUCAAGUUAUAAAUCAUUUGCCAUCGUGCACGUGUAUUUCCGGUUUCACCGGAGAUCCGUUCCGCUAUUGCAGUCCAGUACAACAUCCAGUCGUAGAAGCAGAUCCUGGUGACCCAUGUAAUCCAUCACCUUGCGGUCCUAACAGUCAGUGUCGCGUUUCUAAUGGACAAGCUGUUUGUUCAUGCCUUCCUGAAUACUCAGGAAGUCCUCCAGGAUGUCGACCUGAAUGUGUUGUUAGCUCGGAAUGUCCAACAAGUAAGGCAUGCGUUAAUCGAAAAUGCGUCAACCCUUGCCCGACUCCUUGUGGUUUGAACACCAAUUGCGAGGUCUUGAAUCAUAGCCCUAUAUGUGCCUGCAAACAAGGAUUCAUCGGUGAUCCAUUUACACGAUGCUUCCCAAUGCCACAACCGCAAUCGACCCCUGAGCAAUAUAGAAACCCAUGUGCAUCAUCACCUUGUGGUCCGCAUGCUGAAUGCCGUGACAUUGGGGGGUCUCCCUCCUGUUCUUGUUUGCCAACUUACAUCGGCAGCCCACCGAACUGUAGACCCGAGUGUACGAUAAAUUCUGAUUGUACGAGCAGUACUGCUUGCAUCAGAGAAAAAUGCCGUGACCCUUGUCCUGGUUCUUGUGGCUUGGGUGCUCAAUGCGCGGUAAUCAAUCAUACGCCGAUGUGCACUUGCUUUGAGGGCUAUACUGGAGACCCAUUCAGUAACUGCUAUCCCAAACCACAAACACAACCAGAAGCUGACGAAACAGACCCUUGCAAUCCAUCUCCCUGUGGUCCAAAUGCUCAAUGCAGUAAAGGCACUUGCACUUGCUUGCCAGAAUAUCAAGGAGAUCCGUAUUCUGGGUGCCGCCCAGAAUGUGUACUCAAUACAGAUUGCCCGCUAGACAAAGCCUGUAAAAAUAACAAAUGUAUCGAUCCAUGCCCUGGUACUUGUGGUCAAAGUGCUCAAUGCAAUGUGUAUUACCAUGUUCCAAUGUGCAGUUGUCCAGCAGGCAUGACAGGAAAUGCAUUUGUAUUAUGUACGCCAUUCAGAGAACCCGUAGCUACACAUCCAUGCAAUCCAUCACCAUGUGGGAGCAAUAGUCAAUGUAGAGAAGUGAAUGGUUUGGCUGUUUGCACAUGUGUGAUAGGUUUUAUUGGCAGUCCUCCAUCAUGUAGACCAGAAUGUAUAGUCAGCACUGAUUGUUCUCAGUCUGAAGCAUGCAUAAACCAAAAAUGUAGAGAUCCUUGCCCAGGUACAUGCGGAAUCGCGGCGACGUGCCAAGUCAUAAAUCACAAUCCGAUCUGCAGUUGUCCACCACACUUAACUGGCGAUCCAUUCAUUAGAUGUUCACCAAAACUACAAGAUCCUAUCCCUGAGACAAACCCAUGUCAGCCUUCACCCUGCGGGCUGAAUGCCCAAUGUCAAGUCAUUAACGGCUCCCCGUCUUGCUCUUGCUUACCAGAAUUUAUUGGAUCGCCUCCUAAUUGUAAAUCCGAAUGUGUCACCAACAGCGAAUGUUCUAGUCAUCUCGCUUGCAUUAAUCGAAAAUGCAGAGACCCUUGUCCCGGAUCAUGCGGGUUAAAUGCUGAUUGCCAUGUGGUCAGUCACAUACCGAUGUGCAUUUGUAUUGUUGGCUACACAGGAGAUCCUUUCACUCAAUGUAACAUCGAGCAAAUUCAACCAAUGGCGAAUCCAUUGCCUUGCACUCCCUCGCCAUGUGGCUCCAAUGCUAUUUGCACGGAAAGAUAUGGCGCCGGAGCAUGUUCUUGCUUGCCAGAUCAUAUCGGAAAUCCAUAUGAAGGUUGUCGCCCAGAAUGUACAAUAAAUUCAGAUUGCGCUCAGAACAAAGCGUGCAUACGUUCAAAGUGUCAGGAUCCGUGCCCAGGAACUUGCGGGCAGAAUGCAGAGUGUCAUGUAAUAAACCAUCUUCCAUCUUGCAUUUGCAAUAUUGGCUUCACAGGAGAUCCAUUCCGAUACUGUAACAGAGUACAAGACACAAUUGUGGAAGCUGACCGAACUGAUCCAUGUUCACCAUCACCUUGUGGUCCAAACAGUGUUUGUCGUGAAAACAACGGCCAAGCCGUUUGUUCUUGUUUACCAACAUAUAGUGGUGCACCACCCAGUUGUAGGCCAGAAUGCGUAGUCAGUUCUGAAUGCCCCACGAACAGAGCUUGCAUAAAUCAGAAAUGUGUAGACCCUUGCCCGGAUCCAUGUGGAAGAAAUGCAAACUGCAAAGUUAUAAAUCAUAGUCCGAUAUGCAUUUGUAGACCAGGCUUCACGGGAGACUCGUUUUCAUCAUGCUUCCCCAUACCACGUCCACAAAUCGAGAAUCAACCACCUGUUCAAACGGAUCCUUGUUUACCGUCCCCAUGUGGACAGUAUUCGCAGUGUCGUGAUAUUGGCGGUGCACCAUCCUGUUCCUGUUUACCUACUUACAUAGGCACGCCACCAAACUGUAGACCGGAAUGUACGAUAAAUCCAGAAUGUACCAGUAAUAUGGCUUGUAUCCGUGAGAAAUGUAGAGAUCCAUGUCCCGGCUCUUGUGGUUUAGGCGCUCGAUGCGACGUUAUAAAUCAUACUCCAGUUUGUACAUGUCAAGAUGGUUACAUAGGAGACCCAUUCAUUAACUGCGUACCCAAAAGACCCGAAGUCUAUCCCAUAGAGCAGGAUUUAUGUAAUCCUUCACCAUGUGGUUCGAAUACAAUUUGCCAAGAAGGAACUUGUUCCUGCGUAGCGGAAUACCACGGUGAUCCAUACAUUGGAUGCCGACCAGAAUGCGUUGUGAACGAUGAUUGCGCUCGUGACAGAGCCUGCAUUCGAAACAAAUGCGUAGAUCCAUGCGUGGGUACCUGUGGUAUAAAUGCUCAGUGCAUAACAGCAAAUCAUGUGCCCAUGUGUAGCUGUCUACCAGGAAUGGUUGGAAAUGCUUUUACCCAAUGUUUACCAAUGCGAGACGAGAUUAUCAGGAAUCCUUGCUCGCCAUCACCAUGCGGACCAAAUAGUCAUUGCCAGGAAAUUAACGGCAUAGCAAUUUGCAAAUGUGUGCAAGGAUACGUGGGAAGUCCUCCUUCCUGUAGACCCGAAUGUACAAUCAGUUCCGACUGUGCGCAAAAUGAAGCUUGUAUUAAUCAGAAAUGCAAGGACCCUUGCCCUGGAACUUGUGGUCUCAGAGCACAAUGCUCAGUUAUCAGUCACAAUCCCAUAUGCACAUGUCCUCAAAGUCUGACAGGAGAUCCAUUCCUAUCUUGCACCCCAAUUCCUCAAGUACAACAAGAGCCGGUCGAUCCAUGCCAGCCAUCACCCUGCGGACCGAAUGCCCAGUGUCAAGUUAUAAAUCAGUCCCCGUCAUGCUCUUGCUUCAUUGAAUUCACUGGUUCUCCACCAAACUGUAGACCAGAAUGUGUCUCUAACAGUGAAUGCCCUAGUGACAAGGCAUGCAUCAACAAAAAAUGCAAAGAUCCUUGCCCAGGAUCAUGUGGAGCAAACGCUGAAUGCCACGUCUUCAGUCAUACACCGAUGUGCACUUGCAUUUCCGGUUAUACUGGAGACCCAUUUACGCAGUGUUCCGUACUACAACCCAAUAUCGAGGAAAGGCCAACGCCAUGCAGCCCAACUCCAUGUGGCGCAAAUGCAAUAUGCAAAGAAUUAGGCAGUGCUGGAUCAUGUUCAUGCUUACCUGAAUACAUUGGCAACCCGUACGAGGGAUGCAGACCAGAGUGUGUUAUGAAUUCUGAUUGUCCUUCAAAUUUAGCAUGCAUAAGAUCUAAGUGUCAAGAUCCUUGCCCAGGGUCUUGCGGUCAGAAUGCUCAUUGCCAAGUCAUAAACCAUGCACCAACCUGCACUUGCAUCGAAGGAUAUACAGGCGAUCCUUUCCGCUACUGCAACAUUUUCCAACCUAUUGUAAAUGAGGACGAAAAACGUGACCCUUGUAGGCCAUCUCCUUGCGGACCAAAUAGUGAAUGUCGCGUUAAUAAUGAUCAGGCAGUAUGUUCAUGUCUUCCAACAUACAAAGGCAGUCCUCCAGCCUGUCGACCUGAAUGCGUAGUUAGCUCAGAGUGUCUUUCAACUCGUACUUGUGUGAACCAACAAUGCAUAGACCCCUGUCCAGAACCAUGUGGUAGAAACUCGCAAUGCAAAGUAAUAAACCACAGCCCAAUAUGUUUCUGCAAAAACGGCUAUACGGGCGAUCCAUUUUCACAGUGUUUCCUCAUGAUGGAAGUCAAACCAUCAGAUCCACCAAUUAUGAGAGAUCCUUGUAUUCCAUCACCUUGUGGUGCAAAUGCUCAAUGCCGACCUGUUGGUGACACUCCUUCUUGCUCUUGUUUGGCAAAUUAUGUGGGCAGUCCACCAAAUUGUAGACCCGAAUGCACAAUCAAUGCUGAAUGUCAGAGCAAUAUGGCUUGUAUAAGAGAAAAAUGUAGAGAUCCAUGCCCAGGUUCAUGUGGUUUUAAUGCACAAUGCGCAACGAUCAAUCAUACACCAAUGUGCACAUGUCUUGAAGGUUAUACCGGAGAUCCAUUCACUCAAUGUAACCCGAAUCCAGUGCAGCCGGACCAACCACAAUAUACUGAUUUAUGUAACCCGUCACCAUGCGGUCCAAAUGCUCAAUGUGAUAAUGGAAUAUGUUCAUGUCUUCCUGAGCAUCAAGGAGACCCUUACGCAGGAUGUCGACCGGAGUGUGUUCUUAAUUCGGACUGUCCCCGUAAUAGAGCCUGCAUGCGUAACAAAUGUCUUGAUCCUUGUCCAGGAACAUGUGCCAGCAAUGCAAUUUGUAGUGUAAUAAAUCACAUACCCAUGUGUAGUUGUCCACAAGGAUUCGAAGGCAAUGCCUUCGUCUUGUGCUCACCAACGCGAGAUCCCGAAGUUUUGUCACCAUGUAAUCCGUCACCAUGUGGACCAAAUAGCCAAUGUCGAAGUAAUAAUGGCCAAUCAGUUUGUACUUGUGUACCUGGAUUUAUUGGAAGCCCACCAUCAUGCCGUCCAGAAUGUGUAGUCAGUUCUGAUUGUUCACAAAAUGAAGCUUGCAAUAAUCAAAAAUGCAGAAAUCCUUGCAUUGGAACAUGCGGCUUGGGCGCACUUUGCCAGGUUGUUAAUCACAACCCCAUAUGCCACUGUCCUGUUAGAUAUACAGGAGAUCCAUUCGUGCGAUGUUCACCUAUGCUUGAAACUCCGGUUGUGACAAUUGAUCCAUGUCAGCCAUCUCCUUGCGGUGCAAAUGCAAUUUGCCAAGUUAUCAAUGAUUCACCAUCGUGUUCAUGUUUACCUGAAUUCAUUGGAUCCCCACCAAAUUGUCGACCCGAAUGUGUGAGCAAUAGUGAAUGUCCUAGUCAUCAGGCAUGUAUCAAUCAAAAGUGCAAGGAUCCAUGUCCAGGUUCAUGCGGUGCUAAUGCGGAAUGCCGAACCGUAAGCCAUACCCCGAUGUGCUAUUGUGCCAUCGGACACACGGGAGAUCCAUUUACGCAUUGUUUCGUCAAGCCAUUUGAGGACCCUAUUGAUAAAAGACCAACCCCUUGUCUGCCAUCUCCAUGUGGUGCGAACGCAAUUUGUACAGAACGAAACGAAGCCGGUUCUUGCUCUUGUCUGCCCGAAUAUAUCGGAAACCCGUAUGAAGGCUGUAGACCAGAAUGUACUUUGAACUCAGACUGUCCAUCGAAUCUUGCUUGUGUCCGGGCUAAAUGUGUAGAUCCGUGUCCAGGAACUUGCGGUACGAAUGCAGAGUGUCGGGUAUCAAGUCAUGUUCCAAUAUGCUCCUGUUAUAUUUCCUACACCGGAGAUCCUUAUCGAUACUGUUCGCUACAACAGCCAGUUGUUGCGGAUGUGGAAAAAUCUGACCCCUGUGGUCAAGCAUAUUGUGGUCCAAAUAGUCAAUGUAGGGUAAUAAAUGACCAAGCCGUUUGCUCAUGUCUUCCAACGUACGUUGGUAGCCCACCGAAUUGUAGACCUGAAUGUGUUGUCAGUUCAGAAUGCCCUUCUAAUCAAGCAUGUAUACAACAAAAAUGCAAAAAUCCAUGUCCCACGCCAUGUGGCCAAAACGCAGAUUGCAGAGUUAUCAAUCAUGCUCCAUUAUGCAGCUGUAGACAAGGAUAUACAGGCGAUCCAUUUACCGUCUGUUUCCAAGCGCCAAUGACUUCUCCGGGUCAGGAUGAAAUAAUUCAAAGAGAUCCUUGUAUCCCAUCACCCUGUGGGCAGUAUUCAGAAUGUCGAAAUAUAGGUGGAGUUCCUUCAUGUUCAUGUUUAUCAAACUAUAUCGGAGCACCUCCGAAUUGCCGACCCGAAUGCACAAUCAAUCAAGAAUGUCCAAGCAACCUAGCUUGCAUGCGAGAAAAAUGUAGAGAUCCUUGUCCCGGUUCGUGCGGUUUACAGGCGCAGUGCCAUGUGAUGAAUCAUGUGCCAAUAUGCACUUGUAUACAGGGUUACACUGGUGAUCCAUUUACCAGUUGUUCCCCAACACCGCAUCAGAAUGUGCCUGUUGAACAAGAUCCAUGCAAUCCUUCCCCUUGCGGUCCAAACGCUCAGUGCGACAAUGGCAUUUGCACAUGCCAAUCCGAGUACCAAGGUGAUCCGUACUCAGGGUGCCGCCCAGAAUGCGUUCUGAACACGGACUGUCCGCUUAACAGAGCAUGUAUUAGGAACAAAUGUUUAGACCCUUGUCCAGGAACAUGUGGUCAAAGUGCCAUUUGCAAUGUCUAUAAUCACAUUCCUAUGUGUAGUUGCCCACCAGGAAUGACUGGAAAUGCAUUUGCACUUUGUUCUGUGCUAGAUGCGCCAAUUUAUACCGAUCCAUGCAUACCAUCCCCUUGCGGACCAAAUAGCCAGUGUCGACAGAGUAACGGCCAUGCAAUAUGCUCGUGUAUCGUUGGUUACGUAGGUUCUCCGCCAACUUGUAGACCGGAAUGUGCCGUCAGUUCAGACUGUGCUCAAAACGAAGCAUGUAAUAAUCAGAAAUGUCGUGAUCCAUGCCCGGGAACUUGCGGUAUCGGUGCGACUUGCAACGUUAUCAAUCACAACCCUAUUUGUAGUUGUCCCAGCAAUUUACAAGGAGAUCCAUUCAUUCGAUGUUCACCAAUCCCUGUGAAACCCGUGGAGCAUGUAAAUCCGUGCCAACCAUCACCUUGCGGUCCUAAUGCGCAGUGCCAAGUAAUUAAUGACUCACCAUCAUGUUCAUGCCUAGCUGAAUUUAUCGGUUCGCCACCUCAGUGUAGACCAGAAUGUGUUAGUAACAGCGAAUGCUCGUCUCACCUAGCAUGUAUCAAUCAGAAAUGUCAAGAUCCCUGCCCUGGCUCUUGUGGAUUUAACGCAAAUUGCCACGUUAUCAGUCAUACGCCGAUGUGCGUUUGCCCCAUCGGUCAUACCGGCGAUCCAUUUACGCAAUGUGUUCAACAAUUUGACAUGAUACCAAAUGAAACACCAACCCCUUGCAUUCCAUCCCCUUGUGGAGCGAAUGCCCAAUGUAGGGUGCAACAGGACGCUGGCUCCUGUACAUGUUUGCCAGAAUAUUUUGGUAAUCCUUACGAAGGAUGCAGGCCAGAAUGUGUGGUGAAUUCAGACUGUUCCUCUAACCGAGCAUGUAGCGGAUUAAAAUGUAAAGAUCCUUGCCCUGGAGCAUGUGGCCAAAAUGCACAAUGCCAUGUGCUAAAUCAUGCGCCAACAUGUACCUGUUUUGAAAGAUACACUGGUGAUCCAUUCCGAUACUGUCACCCAAUCAGAGAACCAACGAUUGCAGCUGACCCAGGCAAUCCAUGCGAGCCAUCCCCAUGUGGGCCAAAUAGCCAAUGUCGGGAAAUUAAUGGCCAGGCAGUUUGUUCGUGCAUGCCAACUUACAUAGGUAGCCCUCCAGCUUGUAGACCGGAGUGUUUAGUGAGUUCAGACUGUCCAUCGAGUCUGGCAUGUAUAAAAUCCAAGUGUGUCAAUCCUUGCCCUAAUCCAUGCGGAGCAAACACGAUGUGUAAUGUCAUAAAUCACAGCCCCAUAUGUAUUUGUAAGAAUGGAUUCACUGGAGAUCCGUUCACACGAUGUUUCGGAAUUCAAACCCCAGUCGAAAAUGACCAACCAAUCCAGAGAGAUCCUUGCUUCCCAUCACCGUGUGGUCCAUAUUCGCAAUGCCAGAAUAUAGGAGGAACACCGUCAUGUUCAUGUCUGUCUGAAUUCAUGGGCAGUCCUCCGAAUUGUAGACCUGAAUGUACAAUCCACCCCGAUUGUUCAAGCAACAAAGCUUGCAUGAAUGAAAAAUGUCGUGACCCAUGUGCGGGAUCGUGUGGAUUGAACGCAGUAUGUAGCGUAUUCAAUCAUAUUCCCGUGUGCACUUGCGCCGAAGGUUACACCGGAGAUCCAUUCAGUAACUGUUAUUACAAGCCACCAAUUAUAGAACACAUCGACAUAGAUAAAUGUAAUCCAUCACCAUGCGGUCCAAACGCAUUAUGUAACGAUGGAAUCUGUACUUGUCAACCUGAAUAUUUCGGCGAUCCAUAUACCGGAUGUAGACCGGAAUGUGUCCUGAAUACGGACUGCUAUCCCAACAAAGCAUGUGUGCGCAAUAAGUGUAUAGACCCAUGCCCUGGUACCUGCGGACAAAAUGCCCUGUGUAACGUUAUCAAUCACACUCCAAUGUGUAGCUGCCCACCCGGUAUGAGCGGAAAUGCAUUGUUCUCAUGCCAAACAGUAACAGCUCCUGUGAAUACAAGGCCAUGCAACCCAUCACCCUGCGGUCCUAAUAGCAUUUGCCGUGAGAUAAACGGCCAAGCGGUAUGUUCUUGUGCUCCCGAAUAUAUCGGGAGCCCUCCGUCCUGCAGACCAGAAUGUCUCGUUAGUUCUGAUUGUCCAAGGAGUGAAGCAUGUACGAAUCAGAAAUGUAGGGACCCAUGUCCUGGUACAUGUGGACUACAAGCAAUGUGUGCCGUAAUCAAUCACAAUCCUAUUUGCACAUGCCCUGAUCGUUAUACCGGCGAUCCGUUUAUCAGAUGUUCCGUAUUACCAAUCAAUGACCCCACUCCAGUUAAUCCGUGCCAACCUUCACCAUGCGGCUCUUAUGCGCAAUGCCAAGUUAUCAACGAAUCACCCUCGUGCUCUUGUUUACCACAGUACAUAGGGUCACCUCCGAAUUGUAGACCCGAAUGCGUUAGCAAUAAUGAUUGUCCAAGCCAUCAAGCAUGUUUCAAUCAAAAAUGUACAGAUCCAUGCCCUGGAACAUGUGGCGCAAAUGCAGAGUGUUAUGUCGUUAGUCAUACACCAAAUUGUGCGUGUUUGAAUUAUUACACCGGAAAUCCAUUCGUUCAAUGCUUCCAAGCUCAACUUGAUCUUAUUCCUGAAGAUAAACACUCUCCCUGUUCACCUACACCUUGUGGUUCAAACGCGAUAUGCAAAGAAUUGAACGGUGCCGGAUCUUGCACAUGUCUACCCGACUACCAAGGAAACCCUUACGAAGGAUGUAGACCUGAAUGUGUUAUUAAUUCGGAUUGCCCAUCUUACCAAGCCUGCAUUCAAUCAAAAUGUAAAGACCCCUGUCCAGGUGCUUGCGGUCAAAACGCGGAAUGUGCAGCGAUUAAUCACUUACCAUCUUGCAACUGUCGCUCAGGAUUUACUGGCGAUCCCUUUACGUUCUGUUCCAUCCAACAGCCAAUUUCUGACACACCAGAAAUAGUUGAGCCAUGCAACCCAUCACCUUGUGGACCCAACAGCCAGUGCAGAGUACUGAAUAAACAAGCAGUCUGCUCUUGCCUUCCCACAUACAUUGGCAGCCCACCAGCUUGUAGACCCGAGUGCGUCUCCAGUUCGGAAUGUUCAUCGCAAUUUGCAUGCGUGAAUCAAAAAUGUGUGGACCCUUGCCCUCGCCCAUGUGGUCUCCAAACUAACUGCGUCGUUGUAAAUCACAGUCCAAUCUGUAGUUGUUUACCUGGAUACAGUGGAGAUCCAUUUACUAGAUGCACACCUAUUCCAUCUCCUGAACCCCUAGUACCCGUUCAGUAUGAUCCAUGCGUCCCAUCUCCGUGUGGUAGUUUUGCUCAGUGCCGUAAUAUCGGUGGCACUCCAGCUUGUACUUGCCUGAACAAUUACAUUGGACAACCGCCGAACUGUAGGCCAGAAUGUACCAUCAAUGCCGAGUGCCCGAGCAAUCAAGCGUGCAUUAACGAAAAAUGUAGAGAUCCUUGUCCUGGAUCGUGUGGUUUUGGAGCUCAGUGCGCUGUUGUAACACACACUCCAAUGUGCAUAUGUCCUGAAGGUUACACGGGAGAUCCAUUCACAAGCUGCAGCCCGCGUCCGCCACUCCCUGUUGACCCAGUGCCAGUGGAUAAGUGUAAUCCGUCACCGUGCGGUCCAAAUGCUGAAUGUAACGACGGCAUUUGCACUUGUUUAUUAGAAUACCAAGGAAAUGCAUACGCUGGUUGUAGACCUGAAUGUGUACUGAACGCAGAUUGCCCUCGUGACAAGGCUUGUCUCCGCAAUAAAUGCAAAGAUCCUUGUCCCGGGGCCUGUGCUAGUAACGCUCUAUGCACUGUCAUAAAUCAUGUACCGAUGUGUAGUUGCCCAGAGAACAUGAGCGGCGAUGCUUUCAGUCACUGCGUCCCAAUAGAAGUACUGGUUCCAUCAAACCCAUGCAGCCCAACACCUUGCGGACCCAGUAGCGAAUGUCGCGUCAUAAAUGGACAAGCUGUUUGUUCUUGCAUUAGUGGUUACGUUGGUAGUCCUCCAACUUGCCGACCAGAAUGUGUAGUGAGCACAGAUUGUCCCCAAAAUGAAGCUUGCAGUAACCAAAAGUGCAAAGAUCCUUGCCCUGGAACAUGUGGAAUAAAAGCUAAAUGCGAAGUCGUUAAUCACAAUCCAAUCUGCAGCUGUCCUAUACGAUUCACCGGCGACCCCUUCAUCAGAUGCACACCAAUUUUGGACGAACCAGCGCAAACCGUGAACCCAUGCCAACCGUCACCCUGUGGCCCCAAUGCCCUGUGCCAGGUCAUAAAUGAUUCUCCAUCCUGUUCGUGCUUACCAGAAUUCACAGGAUCUCCACCAAACUGUAGGCCAGAAUGUAGCAGUAAUAGUGAAUGCCCUAGCCACUUGGCAUGCAUUAACCAAAAAUGCAAGGAUCCUUGCCCUGGCUCUUGUGGAGCUAAUGCCGAGUGUCGCGUUGUUAGUCAUACUCCCAUGUGUGUAUGUAUGAAUUCCUACACCGGAGAUCCUUUCACGCAGUGCACUUUCAGGGAUCCAUCACCGCCUACGCAACCCGACAGGCCUUGUCAGCCUUCUCCAUGCGGUGCAAAUGCCAUAUGCAAAGAGCUCAAUGGAGCAGGGUCUUGUUCUUGCAUUCCAGACUAUUUUGGAAAUCCGUACGAAGGCUGCCGACCAGAAUGUGUCCUAAACUCCGAUUGCUCGUCAAAUCAAGCAUGCAUUUAUUCAAAAUGUAAAGAUCCUUGUCCAGGAACAUGCGGACAUAACGCAGAAUGCCAAGUCAUUAAUCAUCUGCCAAUGUGCACUUGCUUCGCAAGAUACACAGGCGAUCCCUUCAAUUAUUGCACCCUUAUCAUUGAAGAUACCCAGCCAACUGUCUCUGACCCAUGCAACCCAUCGCAAUGUGGCCCAAACAGCAAAUGUCGCGUUAUAAAUGGCCAGGCAGUUUGCUCAUGUUUGCCUGAGUAUAUGGGAAGUCCGCCAGCAUGUCGUCCAGAAUGUGUUGUUAGCUCGGAAUGUCCAACAAAUCGGGCAUGUAUUAACAAAAAAUGUAUCGAUCCAUGCCCAGGAACAUGUGGUACGAAUUCAAGAUGUGAAACAAUAAAUCACAGCCCGAUCUGUAGCUGUCAACAAGGUUACACAGGAGAUCCGUUCGUUACCUGUUUCAAAAUACCUCUUGAUCAACCACCUGAACAACCGUCGUAUGUCAACCCCUGCGUACCUUCACCGUGUGGUCAGAACUCAGAAUGUCGAGACAUUAAUGGUCAAGCAUCUUGUGCUUGUUUGGCGAGUUUCAUUGGAUCGCCGCCUAAUUGUAGACCAGAAUGUACGAUAAAUUCUGAUUGCCCGAGUAACGAAGCAUGUCUGCAAUCAAAAUGUAGAGAUCCGUGUCCUGGUUCUUGCGGAAUAGGUGCUGAAUGUAAUGUGUUUACCCAUACGCCGAUGUGUACUUGUCUUCAAGGUUACACCGGAGAUCCGUUUACGAGAUGUACACCAAUUUUGGUCACACCGAAAGAUCCACUGCCUGUUGAUCCUUGCUCCAGAUGUGGGGCAAAUACGCAAUGUCUGAAUGGUAUCUGUACCUGUUUGUCCGACUUCCAAGGCGAUCCAUUCAUAGGCUGUCGCCCAGAAUGUGUUUUGAAUAAUGAUUGUUCACGUACUGAUGCAUGCAUAAGAAACAAAUGCAAAGAUCCUUGUAUCGGAACGUGUGGCCAAAACGCGUUGUGUAGUGUUGUCAAUCACGUUCCAAUUUGUACUUGUCCAUCUGGUACAUCUGGUAAUGCAUUCGUCGCUUGCUCUCCCGUGGAAGUACCAACUCAAUCUGACCCCUGCAAUCCAUCACCGUGUGGGUCAAACAGUCAGUGUCGCCGAAUUAACGGACAAGCCGUUUGCUCUUGUAUUCCUGGUUACAUGGGUAGUCCACCAAGUUGUAGACCGGAAUGUAUUCUUAGUUCUGAUUGUGCACCAAACAAGGCAUGCAGUAACCAAAAAUGCAUAGAUCCUUGUCCAGGCACUUGUGGAAUGAGAGCUAUUUGCAAUGUCGUAAAUCACAAUCCAAUAUGCAGUUGUCCACCAGACCUAACUGGCGAUCCAUUUGUUAGAUGUACUUUGAUACAAAAAGAUCCGGAACCUCCGAUAGACCCAUGUCGACCAUCCCCAUGUGGUCCGAAUGCUCAGUGUCAAGUAAUAAAUGACUCACCUUCGUGCUCGUGUCUGCCAGAGUUCACUGGAUCUCCACCACAGUGUAGACCAGAAUGUGUCAGUAAUAGCGAAUGCUCAACACACUUAGCUUGCAUCAAUCAAAAGUGUAGAGAUCCUUGUCCAGGAUCAUGUGGAGCUGAUGCUGAUUGCAGAGUAAUAAGUCAUACGCCUAUGUGUGUCUGUGCAAUAGGUUUUACUGGGGAUCCGUUUACGCAGUGCAUUCAAAAGCAAUAUGAGCCAACUGUUGAGGAGAAACCAACGCCGUGUGUACCAUCUCCAUGUGGGUCUAAUGCGGUGUGUCGUGAAGCAAAUGGAGCAGGAUCUUGUACAUGUUUGCAAGAUUAUAUUGGAAACCCAUACGAAGGUUGUCGCCCAGAAUGUGUGAUCAACUCUGAUUGCACAUCUGACAGAGCUUGUAUCAGAUCGAAAUGUCAAAACCCAUGCCCAGGAACUUGUGGACAAAAUGCUUUGUGCCAAGUAAUCAACCACUUACCAUCCUGCACCUGCCAGUCUGGUUAUACCGGAGAUCCGUUCCGUUAUUGCAACGUCGUAAUCGUAGAAAAUCAGCCUAGUGAUCCGUGCAAUCCUUCACCUUGCGGACCAAAUAGUCAAUGCCGUGAAGUUAACGGCCAGGCUACUUGCUCAUGCUUGCCGACUUACUUGGGAAGUCCACCAUCAUGUAGACCGGAGUGUGUCGUUAGUUCUGAAUGUCAAUCGAACCGUGCUUGCGUUAAUCAAAAAUGUGUUGACCCAUGUCCAGGAAUCUGCGGGCAAAAUGCGCGGUGCGAUACGAUCAAUCAUAGUCCUAUUUGCAGUUGUAAUCAAAGAUACACUGGCGAUCCAUUUGUAAGAUGCUUUGAAAUCCCUGUCGGGACACCGUCACCUCCAGAGGAUAGAUAUCCAUGCGCACCGUCACCUUGUGGACCUUAUUCUAUGUGUCAAGCUGUCGGUAAUCUGCCGUCCUGCACAUGUUUGCAAAAUUAUAUUGGUUCACCUCCAAACUGUAGACCAGAGUGUACAAUCAAUUCCGAAUGUGUUAGUAACAAAGCAUGUAUGAGAGAAAGGUGUAGGGACCCAUGUCCUGGAUCUUGUGGAAUAAGUGCACAAUGCAACGUCAUCAAUCACACUCCAACAUGUACUUGCCCUGAAGGAUAUACUGGAGAUCCUUUCGAUUAUUGUUUCCCGAAACCAUCACCUCCCUUAGACACUCCGUUGGAUCUCUGCAAUCCUUCGCCCUGUGGAUCAAACGCACAGUGCUCAAAUGGAACUUGUACUUGCUUAACGGAAUACCGCGGAGAUCCUUACUAUGCAUGCCGCCCAGAAUGCGUACAAAAUAACGAAUGUACUUUUGACAAAGCGUGUAUUCGCAACAAAUGCGUCGACCCUUGCCCUGGAGUUUGUGGUCAAAAUGCCGAGUGUGCAGUCGUAAAUCACGUUCCAAUGUGCAGUUGUAGCAGUGGAACAACUGGAAACGCUUUCAUUCUUUGUUCACCAGUCAAAGCACCAGAAAUUCAACAUCCAUGCAAUCCGUCACCAUGUGGUCCGAAUAGUCGUUGCCAGGAAAUUAACGAUCAAGCCGUAUGCACUUGCGUUAUUGGGUUCAUCGGCAACCCGCCAGCUUGUCGACCAGAAUGUGUCAUCAAUUCUGAUUGCGAUCAAAACGAGGCUUGCAUUAAUCAGAAAUGCAAAGAUCCUUGCCCGGGAACAUGCGGAGUUUCGGCUCGUUGUCAAGUAGUUUAUCACAAUCCGAUUUGUAGCUGUCCACCUAGUUAUACCGGUGAUCCAUUCAUAAGAUGCACUCCAAUGCCCGACGUCUACGAUGAACCGAAAAAUCCAUGUCAACCAUCACCUUGUGGCCCUAAUGCCCUCUGUCAAGUGAACAAUGAUUCACCAUCUUGUUCCUGUUUGUCGGACUUUAUCGGAACACCACCAAAUUGCAGACCAGAGUGCAUAAGCAAUAACGAUUGUUCUAAUAACUUGGCAUGUAUCAAUCAGAGGUGUAAGGAUCCUUGUCCGGGAUCCUGCGGUGCUAACGCAGAGUGUCGCGUAGUCAGUCAUACACCAAUGUGUGUUUGUACCGUCGGGUAUACUGGCGAUCCUUUCACCCAAUGUAUUAUAAAGCAAGCUGAACCAGUUACUCCACCAACACCGUGUGUUCCAUCUCCUUGUGGAACGAACGCAAUUUGCAAAGAACAAAACGGUGCUGGUUCUUGUAUGUGCUUAGCGGAAUAUAUUGGAAAUCCAUAUGAAGGCUGCCGACCAGAAUGUACUAUCAAUUCAGACUGUGUGCCCAGUCUUGCAUGUAUCAGAUCCAAGUGUCAAGAUCCUUGCCCAGGGACAUGUGGUAGAAACGCACAAUGCCAAGUUGUCGGACAUUUACCUUCAUGCACAUGCAUCUCGGGAUACACUGGAAAUCCAUUCAGUUAUUGCAACCCCAUACUUCUUCCAGAACCGACAGUUGAGCGCGAUCCAUGCAAUCCGUCUCCUUGUGGACCAAACAGCCAAUGUCAAGUGAGAAAUAGCCAAGCCGUUUGCACAUGUUUACCAUCAUUUAUCGGAAGUGCUCCGAAUUGUAGACCUGAGUGUGUCGUUAGUUCCGAAUGUCAAUCUCAUCUCGCUUGCAUAGAUAGAAAAUGUCAAGAUCCGUGCCCGGGUACUUGUGGACACAAUGCACAAUGCAGAGUUCUCAAUCACAGUCCCAUAUGCAGUUGCGAAAGUGGAUUGACCGGCGAUCCAUUCAGUCAUUGUUACCUAAUGCAAGAUAUUACACCAGACAAAGAGUAUCCAAAGAAUCCAUGCAUUCCUUCGCCAUGUGGGCCUAAUGCAAUGUGCCAGGCCGUUGGUGAUAGCCCAUCCUGUACUUGCAUAAACAAUUACAUCGGGCAACCGCCUAAUUGCCGACCAGAAUGCUUGAUCAAUGCUGAUUGUACAAGUAACAAAGCUUGCAUGAGGGAAAAAUGCCGUGACCCAUGCCCAGGCUCAUGUGGCUUUGGAGCUCGAUGCAGUGUUAUUUCUCACAUUCCUGUUUGUACUUGUCCAGACGGUUACACGGGUGAUCCGUUUAAUAACUGUUACCCGAAACCACCACCACCCAUUGACAACCCCGUCGACCGCUGUUAUCCAUCACCCUGUGGUUCAAAUGCACAGUGCAAUGACGGUAGCUGUACAUGUUUACCUGAAUACUUUGGUGACCCGUACUUGGGAUGCCGUCCAGAAUGUGUUUUGAACGAUGAUUGUUCUCGCGAUCGAGCAUGCAUACGUAACAAGUGCAAAGAUCCUUGCCCUGGUACCUGUGGCACCAACGCCGAGUGUAAUGUGGUUAAUCAUUUACCGAUGUGUAGCUGUCCUCGUAAUAUGAGCGGAAAUGCAUUUGUACUAUGUUCGCCACUACAAGAUCCGAUCCCUAGAAAUCCUUGUCAGCCAUCUCCAUGUGGACCUAACAGCCACUGUCAAAUAGUGAACGGCCAAGCCGUUUGCUCAUGUAUCCCAGGUGUAAUCGGAUCACCACCUACGUGCAAGCCGGAAUGUGUGAUAAGUUCCGAUUGCGCUCAAAACAGAGCUUGUAAUAAUCAAAAGUGCAUCGACCCGUGCCCAGGAACUUGUGGUGUGUCAGCGCAAUGUGUCGUUGUGAAUCACAAUCCUAUUUGUAGUUGCCCGUCACAGCUUAUCGGCGAUCCGUUCGUACGAUGCUACCCACAACCCAAAGAACCGGAAAUACCGAAGAAUCCUUGUGAACCAUCUCCAUGUGGACCGAAUGCAAGAUGCGAAGUCGUGAAUAAUAAUCCCUCUUGCUCUUGCCUCGUUGAAUUUAUCGGAACCCCACCUAAUUGCAGACCUGAAUGUAGUAGUAACAGUGAAUGCUCUAGUCAUCUAGCAUGUAUUAACCAGAAAUGUAGAGAUCCAUGUCCCGGUUCUUGCGGAGUGAAUACCGAAUGCCGAGCGAUAAGCCAUACUCCAAUGUGUGUUUGCGCUAGUGGAUUCACUGGUGAUCCGUUCGUGCAAUGUAGUCCUCACAAGAUCGAACAUAUACCUCAAGAUCAAAUAUCUCCAUGUUCACCAUCGCCAUGCGGUUCCAAUGCGGUGUGUAAAGAAUCGAACGGUGCAGGGUCUUGCAUAUGCUUGGCAGAAUAUAUUGGCAAUCCUUACGAAGGUUGCAGACCGGAAUGUGUCAUAAAUUCUGACUGUGCAUCUGACAAGGCUUGUAUUCGUUCGAAAUGUCAAGAUCCAUGUCCAGGAACUUGCGGUCAGAAUGCCGAUUGCCAAGUCAUCAAUCACACACCAUCGUGUACUUGUCGAGCUGGUUACACUGGCGAUCCAUUCCGCUAUUGUAACGUUUUAACGAUUCGGCCUGUCGAUAGGGACCCUUGCAGUCCCUCACCAUGUGGGCCAAACAGUCAAUGUAGAGUGUCAAACGGGCAGUCUGUGUGUACCUGUUUACCAGAAUAUCUUGGAAGCCCACCAUCGUGUAGACCAGAGUGUAGAGUUAGCUCGGAGUGUCCGACGAAUCGUGCUUGUGUUAAUCAGAAAUGUGUUGAUCCGUGUCCAGGAAUUUGUGGUAUUAAUGCGAGAUGUGAAACCAUAUAUCAUAGUCCCAUUUGCAGUUGCAACUCGGGUUACACCGGUGACCCAUUCGUGAGAUGCUUCGACAUUCCUCAACCCGAUGAAAUUCCGCGAACAAACCCAUGCCAUCCGUCACCCUGUGGGCCGUUCUCUGAAUGUAGACCGGUCGGAGACACGCCGUCUUGUUCUUGUUUGCAAAAUUACAUCGGUUCACCACCCAACUGUCAUCCCGAAUGCACAAUAAGUGCUGAAUGUCCAAGUAACAGAGCUUGUAUCAGGGAAAAAUGUAACGAUCCAUGUCCCGGCUCAUGCGGUUUAGGAGCGCUAUGCAACGUCGUCAAUCACACCCCUAUGUGCGUUUGCCCCGAAGGUUUUGAAGGAGAUCCAUUCAAUAGAUGUCUUUUCAAAAUGCCACCGAUACGACCGCCAACACCGUCAGACCCUUGCAAUCCAUCACCCUGUGGAUCUAAUGCAAGAUGCGAUAAUGGUUCAUGCAGUUGUUUGCCCGAAUAUUUCGGUGACCCGUAUUACACUUGCCGUCCAGAGUGUGUCCUGAACACAGAUUGUGCCUUUAACAAAGCGUGCAUACGCAACAAAUGCGUCGACCCUUGCCCUGGCGUAUGCGGACAAAAUGCAGAGUGUGCGGUCAUAAAUCAUACACCAAUGUGCAGUUGUCUGCCAAACUAUGAAGGAGAUCCCUUCAGAUUUUGUCAGAUCGUGCCAAAAAUGGACAGAGUAGAUCCCUGUAACCCGUCGCCUUGCGGACCAAACAGUAUUUGCCGCGAACUUUCCGAACAAGCUUCGUGCUCAUGUGUACCUGGCUAUUUCGGAGUACCACCUGCUUGCAGACCUGAAUGUUCAGUGAGCUCAGAUUGCGAGCAAAAUAGAGCGUGCAUAAACCAAAAAUGUCAAAACCCUUGCGCAAAUACUUGCGGCCAGUAUGCUCUCUGUACCGUACACAAUCACAACCCAAUCUGUAGCUGCCCGGAAAAGUACACCGGAGAUCCCUUCGUAUAUUGUACAGCUAUAAAAAAAGAACCUGUCUACGAUGCUGAACCGAAGAACCCUUGUUACCCAUCACCCUGCGGACCAAAUGCCCAAUGCACGCCAACUGCCGCCAAUACACCCUCGUGUUCCUGUAUACCAUCUUACUUGGGAGUCCCACCGAAUUGUAGACCCGAAUGUGUUGUCAAUGACGAGUGCCCCGUACGACAAGUCUGUAUUAACAGAAAAUGUAGCGAUCCCUGCAUAGGAUUAUGCGGAAAUAAUGCGUUAUGUGAUGUUACCAUGCAUCAACCAAGAUGCUCUUGUCCCCAAGGAUACACAGGAGACCCAUUCACAAUUUGUUCGAUUGUGCCAUCUCAACCAGAUACACCGAUCACUCCGAUAAGGCCUUGCAGUCCAUCGCCGUGUGGAGCAAACGCAUACUGCCGGGAAAGUUACGGUUCAGCUAUAUGCGAAUGCCUGCCAGAGUACAGAGGUAACCCGUACGAAGCAUGCAGACCGGAAUGUUCCAUCAACAGCGACUGUCCGAUGUCGUUAGCCUGCAUACAAAAGAAAUGCCGAGAUCCUUGCCCAGGUACUUGCGGCAUUGGUGCGAUAUGCAGAGUCUCGAACCACGUGCCUGUUUGCUCUUGUCCACCGCAAACCACCGGUGAUGCGUUCAGAAUAUGUCAAGCUAUCGCCCAAGACCGAAGAGACCCAUGCAAUCCAUCGCCUUGUGGGCCGAAUGCCAUAUGCCAGAACCACGAAAAUACUGUUGUCUGCAUCUGUCCACCGGGUCUUCUCGGUGAACCAACGAGCGUUAGUGGUUGUAGACCAGAGUGUGUACUCAGUUCCGAUUGCCCUGGAGAUAGAGCUUGCAUAAAUACAAAAUGCGUCGAUCCAUGCUUGAGGAAUGUUUGUGGUUUCGGAGCGGUUUGCAAAGCUGUUAAUCACAGUCCUCUGUGUAGCUGCCCCGAACCAAUGGUUGGAAAUCCAUUCGUUGAAUGUCAUGAAGCUAAAACUAUUGAUCCGUGCAAUCCAUCUCCAUGUAACGCAAACGGAGAAUGCAGGGUGAGAAACGGAGCGGCCGUUUGCAUAUAUCCGGAAUGUGUUAUCAAUCAAGAUUGCCCACGAGACAGAGCCUGCUAUUCGCAGAAAUGUAGAGAUCCUUGCAUAGGAGCGUGCGGUAUCAAUUCGCUGUGUCAAACCAUCAAUCACCAAGCCCAAUGUUCUUGCCCUAGUGGUUACGUGGGCAACGCGCAGAUUCAAUGCAGGAUACCCAUCAUAACGGAUGAUCAACCAAAACCCGAAUGUACACGAAAUGAAGACUGCGCGAAUGACAAAGCUUGCCUCGAGCAGAGAUGCGUGAACCCCUGCAGUUUGAAUUCAUGUGGGCAAAAUAGCGCUUGUCAUGUCCAAUUGCACAGAGCUAUUUGUGUCUGUAACGAUGGAUUCACUGGUAACCCGCAACAGAAUUGUUACGAACUUGGAUGCCAAAGUGAUGACGAAUGUUCGCUUAGUCAGACUUGUUACAACAAGGAAUGCAUCGAUACCUGCCUAGUCACGCAGUGCGGAACAUAUGCUAUGUGUCGUCCUGAUGGAUAUCACAGAGCACAUUGUUACUGUCCCGAAGGAUAUAUCGGAGAUGCUUAUCAACAAUGUGAAAGACCAGAAUGCAUCGCAAACAGCGAUUGCGCUUCAUUUUUAGCCUGCCGUAACACAAGAUGUGUAGAUCCUUGUGACUGUGCACCCUCUGCCCAAUGUUCGGUUCUCAAUCAUCAGCCAACUUGUAGAUGUCCACCUGGAUACAGCGGUGAUCCUCACAGGGCCUGUACCUUAGAAUCGAUACCUACACCUCCAGAAUGUUACACGGACGCAGAUUGUCCCAGUAAAAUGGCAUGCUUUGGUGGAACCUGCAAAGACCCUUGUGCCCAAUCACAACCUUGUGGCACUAACACAAAAUGCACUGUAAUUGAGACUCUACCAAUGAGGACAAUGAUUUGUGAAUGUUUGCCAAACUUUAUUGGUGAUGCAAAUGUUGCCUGUUCACCAGUUGAAAAAACUGUUGAACUUGGCUGCAAAUCUGACUCCGAUUGUGCUCCAACCACGGCUUGCCUCAACCGCCAAUGCGUGAAUCCAUGCACCACAAGACCUUGUGCGACUUCCGCUGAAUGUUACGUUGAAAAUCAUAGGCACACAUGUCAGUGCCCAUCAGGGUUCAUCGGUGAUCCGAUGCUGAACUGUUACAGAGAAACAAUUAUCCUGCCGGAGUGCACGUCAGAUGCUGAAUGCUCUUCGAACCAGGCAUGUUUGAACAAACGCUGCCAAGAUCCGUGCUUGGGUAAUCCUUGCGGGUCAAAUGCAGAAUGCCUCACAGUAAAUCACCACCCAACAUGCCACUGCCAGCAAGGAUUUGCCGGAGAUCCACAAGUUCUCUGCUUCAGACCUGAGUGCAAGACUGACAACGAUUGCCCCAUGGAUAAGACAUGCCGAAAUACCAAUUGUGUCAGUCCUUGUUCAAGCGAUGAACUAAUUUGUGGCCGCGGUGCGGAAUGUAGAGUUUUCUCUCACAGAGCUCAGUGUACUUGUCCACUGGGUACUCAAGGAAAUCCGUUGGUGGCUUGCAUAACAGGAAUUUGUCAUUACAACGAAGACUGCGCGGAUCAUGAGGCGUGUGACAGGCUGAAUAGAGUCUGCAGACCUGUUUGCGACGAAGAUACUUGCGCAGAAACAGCGACUUGUCUUGCACGAGACCAUCAACCGAAAUGUGUUUGUGCCCCAGGAACGAGAGGAAAUCCAUACGUAGAAUGUUCAGGGCCAACGCCAGGACCAGACCAAGGUUUACCAGGGUGCAGAGAGGAUAGUGAAUGUCCAUCGGGCUUAGGAUGCAUCAAUGCCAGGUGUCAAGAUCCUUGCGCUUCUGCAAACAUGUGUAGCAUUGACCAACAGUGCAGAGUCUUGGAUACAUUACCGUUGCGCACAAUGAUAUGCCAGUGCCCGCCAGACACCAUCACUGACGACAACGGCAAUUGCAAAAGAAUUGUGCUAAAUGACGUCGAAUGUUACUCAGAUCAAGAGUGUCGUGAUUUUGAGAAAUGCGCGAAUGGCAGAUGCCACGAAGCCUGUCGUUUGGCUCAAUGCGGUAUCAAUGCUCAAUGUAAAUCUACAUCUCACAACGCCCAAUGCUCCUGCGCUCCUGGAUAUACAGGAAAUGCAUUAUACGAGUGCACGAAUGAAGGCAGAGAACCUGGCCCAGAAAGUCAACCAGAGUGUUCAACUAACGAUGAAUGUGCGAGGGAUAGGCAAUGUAUAAACUCGCUCUGCGUGAAUCCAUGCAUAGUGAGUGAUCCGUGCGGACAAAACGCCUUAUGUCACGUAGAUAACCACAGCCCAGUAUGCAAGUGUCCUAUAAACUAUAUGGGAGAUCCUAGGACGCAGUGCAUUCCACCUGCACUCAUUCUCGGCUGUUUAUCGCACAGUGAGUGCGCCGGCAGUGAAGCCUGCGUUGAACGUCUUUGCACAAAUCCUUGCAACUGUGGACCAAAUGCCAAAUGUACAGUCACCAAUCAUUACCCAUCGUGUUCUUGUCCUCCAGGAUACUCUGGAAAUCCACAGCUCGGGUGUACCAAAGUUGAAUGCGAGACAAACAGCGAUUGUGGCUACACGGAUACGUGCUACAAUAGCCAAUGUAUAAACCCAUGCCUGAUUGAGAACAAUUGUGCCAUAAACGCUGAGUGUUACGGUGACAAUCAUCGGUCAGCCUGUCGAUGUGGAGCAGGAUUCUACGGAAAUCCGAAGAUACUUUGCGAGAGAGCAGAGUGCAGCAGCGAUUUCGAUUGCCCUCAGAACCUCGCUUGUCAAAAUAUGCGAUGCAUAGAUCCUUGCACCGAUGAAUCACCCUGUGCCCAGAACGCCGUAUGCUACGUGCAGAAUCAUGCUGCGUCAUGUCGCUGCCCGGAACACCUUCCUACUGGAAAUCCGUACUCAUAUUGCGAGAAGACACGUCAACCUUCUCAGGAAUCACCAGAAUGCACUCGUGACGUGGACUGCCCUAGCAAAUUGGCCUGCAUCAGGGAUACCUGUCAGAAUCCAUGCGCGAUCAUUAGACCGUGCUUGGAAAAUGCUCGAUGCGACGUCUUAGACACCACCCCGGUACGAACUAUGACCUGCACGUGUCCUGAAGGAUGGAUCACCGACUCUGAUGGAAUAUGUAGACCAGUGGUCUUGGGAAUCACUCCUAGCUGUACCACGGAUGAUGAUUGUGGUCAACGUGAGUCGUGUAUAAACAGACAAUGCCGCGAUCCUUGUAACUGCGGAAAGAACGCUGCGUGCUACGUUAAAAAUCAUAAACCGGUUUGCUCAUGUGAACAAGGAUACCAAGGAGAUCCAAAUACUGCUUGCUAUUCAGUCGAAUGCAGAGGAGAUUCCGAUUGCACGGAUGACAAGUCUUGCGUAAAUAACAACUGCGUAAACCCAUGUUUGUUAUCCAGUCCAUGUGCAGCAAACGCUGAAUGCUACGCAGCUAAUCACGUUACCAAUUGCCGCUGCCGUAGCGGGUAUUACGGAAAUUCAUCGGAGAGAUGCUUGGUGAUCGGUUGUUACAGCAACAGCGAAUGCCCCGACGAUCAUGCGUGCAUCAAUAUGCAAUGUAUCGAUCCGUGUCUUCGCGACCGACCUUGCUCACCACUCGCUGAGUGCAAUGUUCAAAAUCAUUUGCCGAUUUGCCGAUGCCCUCCGCAGUACAAUGGUAAUCCAUACGUUAAUUGUCAGCCCAUAGAGGAACCGGAAUGUAAACAGGAUAGCGAUUGUCCGACUAGACAGGCAUGUCUCAAUCAAAAAUGUCAAGAUCCAUGUCCCGUCAUUCAGCCUUGUCAAGAUCCAUCCGAAUGUAGAGUUCUUUCAACAUUCCCUGUACGAACGAUGGUUUGCGUAUGUCCAAGUGGCUAUGUGAGCAGCGGAAGUGGUACUUGCGAACCGUUGAAACCGAUUAUACCAAUUGGAGAAUGUACCAGAGAUACGGAUUGUGCUUCCGACAAGGCGUGUAUUAAUGCAGUCUGUAGAGAUCCGUGUGAUUGCGGGGCGUACGCGAUAUGUAGCGUUACUAAUCAUAAACCAAUCUGUUCCUGCGAGGAAGGGUAUGAUGGAAAUCCAGAGAUUCAGUGCGCUAGAGUUGUUGGUUGCCGAUCCGAUAAUGAAUGCAGUGGAACUCACGCUUGUGUCCAACGUAGUUGUGUGCCAGUGUGCUCACCUGAAAUAACAACUUGUGGAAAAGGAGCCGAAUGUCAGGGUGUAAAUCACAGAGGAAUCUGUGAGUGCCCACCAGGACUGGGUGGCAAUCCUACAGUUGCCUGCGUUCUUUUGGGCUGCAGAAGCAAUACUGAUUGCCCGACGAACAAGGCUUGUAUCAACAACAAAUGUGAAAACCCGUGCGAGUUGAAUGUAUGUACCAAUCAGACGGACUGCAACGUUUACAAUCAUGCUGUGGAAUGCUCAUGUCCUCCGGGAUAUAGAGGAACAUCUGAAACUGGGUGUUCUCGAGUUGUUGAGAGAUGUAAAUCCGACUACGAGUGCCCGUCGCAGACAGCGUGCUUUAGCGGAGAGUGUAUUAAUCCUUGUGUCAAGAUCGAGCCUUGUGGUAUCAACGCUGAAUGUAAAGUACUCGAUUCAACCCCGGUGAGAACAAUGAUUUGUGAAUGUAUACCAGGAUAUCAGGGUAACGCCGUGGUUCGCUGUGACAAAGCAAACAUUUGUCCAAUCGAACGUGGUCAAGUACGAGAUGUGAAUGGCAAUUGUGUUUGUCAGCCCAACUUUGCCAAAAAUGAAAACGAAUACUGCAUUCCAUGCCGACCGGAAGCCGGUAUGAUUAUCAAUUCACAAGGCUAUUGCGAAUGUGAUCUUAGCAGAGGAAUGAUAGUGGACCAAUAUGGGCGCUGCGUGUGCCCGACCGAGCAUGGAUAUUAUCUGGAUAGAGACGGAAACUGCAAAGCAAUUGGAAUAACAGAAUGUAUUCGCGAUGAGGAUUGCGACGACGAUAGGUAUUGUGAGAAGAUAACAAGAACGUGCCAAAACCCAUGUAACAAAAAGACGUGCGGUGUAAACGCCUUGUGUAAUGCGACAGGACAUCAAGCCAUAUGCGUCUGCAUUAAUGGCUACAUCGGAGAUGCGAAUGUUCUUUGCAAUGAUAAGGUCAAAGCUCGUACGGACUUCCCCGAACCACAAAUGGUUGUUAACUGUCUUUCUGACGGAGUACAAGUCGGAAUACAAAUACUCGACCCAGGAUUUAAUGGAGUUGUAUACGUCAAAGGACAUAGUAAGGACGAGCAAUGUCACCGAGUCGUUUCAACACCUUUGGACACUAUGCCCAGAGUCGAAAUAUUCAAGGUUUCAUUCGGCAACUGUGGAUUGAUCCAUGUGAAUGGCCAAGCAAGUUUCGUACUAAUCAUUCAAAAGCACCCUAAGCUUGUCACUUUGAGGGCGCAAGCGUACCACAUAAAGUGCUUGUACCAAACUGGAGAACAAAUUGUAACCCUCGGUUUUAACGUUUCGAUGUUAACGACGGCGGGUACAAUAGCAAAUACCGGGCCUCCACCUACCUGUGUAAUGAAAAUCGUCACCCAAACUGGUAAUGAAAUCAGCUCGGCUGAAAUCGGAGACAACCUCAUGCUGCAAGUUGAAGUACAACCCUCAACAAUAUAUGGUGGUUUUGCUCGCAAUUGCGUAGCUAAGACUAUGGAAGACAACAUGGAAAACGAGUACAUAGUAACAGAUGAAAACGGUUGUGCAACUGAUCCAACGAUAUUUGGUGAAUGGGUCCACGAUGCCGAUAGCCAAUCGUUAUGGGCCAGUUUUAAUGCCUUCAAGUUUCCCAGUAGCGACAACAUAAGAUUCCAAUGUAACAUCCGCGUAUGCUUUGGAAAAUGUCAACCGGUGAACUGUCGAGGCUACAACGCAUUUGGAAGACGUCGCAGAGAUGUGGCGGAAAUAUCCGAUCCAAAUGAUACUGCGCUCAGUCUAGACGAUGGAUUUGAAGGCCAACUCAGAGAGGAAAUAACCAUUCAAUCAAAUCUUAUAUUUACGGUAGAGAGAAAAGAGGAGAGAUAUACAGCCGAUCCUGCUGAAGCUCCAUCAGCUCAACGCGUAGAGGACAUCUGCGUUUCUAUGGUUGGGUUCAUAAUCUCAUUAGUGAUAACAGCACUGUUGGCACUAGUCGCGGUAGCCAUCGCUGUGUCCUGCUGGUUAAUGGCGUAUCGUCGUCAGCCGAAGACUGCAGGACCACUGCCACAUCCCCCAGAAUUCCCUAAUCCAUUGUUCACUACAGAAUCUGUAGCCGAACCGUCCCCAGACUAUCACUUGUCAUAAGUCUGUUAGAAUAAUUAAUUAUUUUAAUUUUAACCUAAUUUUAUGAAAUUAUUGAUAGAGAAAAAAACAACGAAGAUCGCGUUAUUUAGCGGAAUACAAUAUUGACCAUAUCUCCUAUUGGUCACUACUGCAUUUCUUUAUAGUAAUACGCAUCUCCUCCAAUGGCUAAUUUUUAUACUUUUUCCGAGGGUCUCAAAAUAUUUUGAAUACUUCUCUAACUAUAUUAUACACUCAAAAAGUUAGAGGAUGUAGUCGUUAUAAAUAUGGUGAUGGCUUGUAUUCCAUUAUCUAUGAUUUCGUAGACGAUAUUAAUCGUUUGCUUUUUGUUAAACUAUUCUUCUGAAUUACUUCGUGCUAUUCUUUUUAUUCUUUUUGUCUUCAGCCAAUGGAGGAUUUGUUUUAUAAUUAUAAAUAUAUAAAUAUAUAUUAUAAUGAAUUUAAUUCACUGUAAAGUCAAAUGAAUUAGUCUAAUAUAGCUUUUUGUUAUUCUUCUAUAGUGGAAAUGACUGUACAUUUUAUCUAAUAAAAUGCUAAUAAAAUACUA